AUGAACUGGAGGCUUGCUGAGUUCCUCUACUUCCUCUUUAUAUGGGACCAUAUAACAGUACAGCCCUCCCACCAGCAACCCGCUGCGACCAACCAACAUGUCUCCAAGGAAUUUGAUUGGCUUAUUUCAGACAGAGGGCCCUUCCACCACUCGCGGAGCUACUUAUCCUUUGUGGAAAGACAUCGUCAGGGAUUUACAACCCGGUAUAAAAUAUACAGGUAAGGAGGAAUCUUUUGUUUGGGGGUGCUUUCCAUUAAACCAAUAGCUUCCCUUUGAUGUCUUUUGAGUGGUACAUGGAUGAUAAAGGUAAAGGGACCCCUGACCAUUAGGUCCAGUCGUGGCUGACUCUGGGGUUGGGGCGCUUAUCUCGCUUUACUGGCCGAGGGAGACGGCUUCUGGGUCAUGUGGCCAGGAUGACUAAGCCGCUAAUGGCGAAUCAGAGCUGCGCACGGAAACGCCAUUUACCUUCCCGCCAGAGCAGUUCCUACUUAUCUACUUGCACUUUGAUGUGCUUUCAAACUGCUAGGUUAGCAGGAGCAGGGACCGAGAAACGGGAGCUCACCCUGUCGCGGGGAUUCAAACCCACAGCUGCAAACUAGAGGUCGGGUGGUGCCUGACUUGUGAAAAGGAGCUCAGAAUUGCUGAAUAUGACUGGCAGUAUGGCAGCUGCAAAAAUGGAUAAUGCAGUCUUUAGCUGCAUUGAUAGGGCUAUAGUUUCCCAGUUGUGAGAAGUGAGAGUUCCAUCCCCCGCCACGCUCACUAUUCUUGAAGGACUGUCACAUGAGGCUUGUUUGUGUGUUGCACUGAACACAGGAACAAGCUGUCUCUACACCAUAGCUGCUAAUUUUUCCCUUAUCUUGCGAGGAAUCCUAUUUGGAAUAAGGGAAAAGGGAAACGUUUACAGCUAUUCUCUACACAUGUGAAAGAGUGGACACUUGUUGAUUUGCACAGCUCCUCUAUUGUGUACAGAUUCAUAAACUGUAUAUUCAUUGAAGGAUACAUGUGGAUUAUGGUAGAAGCGUGUAUCUUGACUCUCUGUGUACAUGGAUACAUGGACUGUACACUUGUAGCAUCUGAACACCUCUAUAGAAGAGGACAAAGACAUUUGGACUGCAGGGGGUUGGAACAGAUGAACCUUGGGGUUCAUUCUAACCCCACAAUUCUUUGAUUCUAAGUGCUCUACUGCCCUAAAGGAGAGAAUUAGAUCAAAUUCAGAAUGGCAGAUUUCUAUUGGAUCAGCUGGAAAAACUGUUUGGCCAUAGAAGUGGUUGGCAAGGAGAGAGGACUUUUGUGCAAAGAGAGCCCCCCCCCCAAAAAAAAACUUGCUUUAGUAAAGGCUCCCAGGGUGGGUGGGUGUGAGUUAAACCAGAGCCUCUGGUGAUGUGGUUUUAGUCUACUAUUGCUGUUUUGGUUUUUUUAUUAAACUCUUUUAUGAUUUUGCUUUAUGAUACUCUUCCCAUCCCAUUUACUGCUGAUUGUUUACUUUUAUUGUUAGGGUUAGUUUUAAUUUUGUUGAGAUAUAAAUUGGAAGCCACCUCAAACUUUGCUAGGUGUAAGUGGUCAAAUAAGCAAAUAAGUAAGCCAUCAAAGCAAGUAAAUAAAUAACCAUGCAACCCCAGGUCAAAAUAUGUCAAUGGACAAGGCAAAUGAGGCUAUAGAAUCACUUUCUAUUCAUUGGUUUAUAAUGUGAUAUUUUAUGGAGAACUUGGGGUCUUGAACCUUGUGUCAAGACACGGAGAAUGGAAGAGGAUUGCUUUCAGAAGGCAUGGUACAUUCAUGGGAGUUGGUGUUAGUUCCAUGCUGUUUUGGGUGGUAUGAAAUAUUUGUUAUGCCAGUGAUGUGGGGUCUGAAUUACGAUGCCCCUCCCUGCAAUUAUUUCUCUGUGUAUUGAAUUCCUUCAUAAUGGAAGGAAUUUGAAGCUUUUUAGUUUAGAGAAAAAGCAGGUAAGAGGGGCAUGAAAGAAGUGUAUAAAAUUAUUCAUUGUGUGGAGACAGUGUAUAGGAAAAAGUCCCCCCUUCCCCUCUCAUAAUACAAGAGAUUCUUACUGGUGUAAGAAUGCAAAUACCUAUUUCAACAGUUUUUAAAAAUCACCACCUGUGCAUAGCUUACCUUUAGAAGUUUUUAGAGACAAGGUUGUAUAACCUAGAACAACUAUGAUAUUCAAAGAUGCUUAGGUAGAUGUGGAUCAUCUCCCAUCUCUGUUUCCCUUUUAACAAAGAAAUCACUUGUAAACAAGAAAAAAAAGUAAAGUUUACUCACAUAUAAGUCUUGCCAGGAUUAGGGAUGCAAAACAGUGAGGCAAUAGUUCUUAUAGUUACAAUAGUCCAAUUCAAAGUGAUGUGUAACUCUGUGGAGAAGACCCUACAGGCAAUCUAUCCCAUUAAAGGUAAGAAGAGUGUGCUGUGAUUAGGGUUGGGCAAUGUUGGGUUUGCAACAUCGUGAUGUAUCACCAACCAAACAUCGCAGUUUGGCGAUAAACCAUGAUGUUGAAAGCAACUGCAUCAGCCCCUGCCAGUGCAUCUGGCCCCAGCCUGAUGCUCAGCUGGGGUGUGUGUGUGUGGAAAAGCUCCUGUCCCCAACUGAGUGAGCCCUGGUGUCCUUGCCACUCGCACACGAGUGCAAAAACAAACCCCUGUGUUGCAAUGAGAACCAAUCACAGAAAUAUAGACACAACAUGUAGGUUAAUAACUGUUAAAGCAUAUGUAAUAAAAUGAUAAUAUUAUUCAAAAAGUAGAAAUAAAUCUAUUAGAAUUCAUAUAUACAAUGUAACAGACUAGUGGUGCAGAACGUUAAGCCAUGUGUUCAAGAUAGGCGUCAAAGGUCAGUCUCACAAUGGUUAUGCAAAGGUUUCAACAGAAGGUCUCAAAAGUAGAGUUUUCUCAAUAGUUUUUCAAAAGUUUCAAUGGAAGACAUCCCAAAAGUCUCAAGGACAGUGUUUCCAGAAUGAUACUACAGUUGUACCUCAGGUUACAUAUGCUUCAGGUUACAUGCGCUUCAGGUUAAAGACUCCGCAAACCCAGAAAUAGUGUUUCAGGUUAAGAACUUUGCUUCAGGAUGAGAACAGAAAUCGUGCUCUGGCGGCGCGGCAGCAGCAGGAGGCCCCAUUAGCUAAAGUGGUGCUUCAGGUUAAGAACAGUUUCAGGUUAAGUACGGACCUCCAGAACGAAUUAAGUACUUAAUCUGAGGUACCACUGUACUGUUUGUGAUAGUUUUCUUCAGCUGAAAAUACACGAGUGGCUGGGACGGCGGGGCUCCUUCCUGAGGCUCCCUCUGCUUUUGCCGGCUUGGGGGGGUGGGGGUGGGCGUGAGCAACCUCGCUCGCUCACCCCACCCCACUCCCUGAAGACAGACGAAGCAUUGCCUUUGUCCAUGCAGGUGCGCUGGCUCUUUCCUCCUGGGGUGGUCAUUCACCCUGGGUAGAAAGACACAGCCCACCCUCCCGGGGUGAAGUCCACAAGGCAGGGUGGCCUGACGUUGUUGGUGCACCGCCUGGCUAAGCCUCACCCCCCCCCCCAUGGCAAGGCUGAAGCAAGGCUGAAGGCUUGCCUCAGCCACAGCUGCCUUGCUGGGGUUGGGGAGUCUAAUGGAACUCGCACCCACAGCUGUCCCCCCUCAAGGGAGAAGUGUGACAGAGUCCGCGCCUUCCCAGCUGAGCAGCCAGGACUCUCUCAGCCAAGGAGGAGGAACACCUCAAUGGAGCCCCCACCCCAGCGCAGGCUCGUGUGAGCUGGUGGCAGGUUGAGGGCUCUGUAAAAGCACUUGGCUGAGGCGAGGGCAAUGGUGCACCCCUCAGCCAAGCAGUUUAAAGAGGCAGAGGGAGGAACAAACUAUAUCAGCACCUCACUGAUGUAGCUUGUUUCUCCUGCCAGUAUGAGAACAGAUGAUGGUUGCUUCACUCAGUGGUAUAUCCACUGAAACCGCUGCCUUCUGAGUCCCCUUGCCUCCAGCACCCGGCUACAGCUUGUUUCUCCCUUGGCGCUGGUAGAAGAGGGACUCAGAAAGAAGUUUCACCCAUGAUAUACCACUGAGUGAAACUGCCAUCACAGUCUGCCCCUCGUACUGGUCCUGGGUGAUAUGUUGAUAUAUCGCCCAGGCCUAGCUGCAACAGGAAGAUGAUUACCGUAUUUUUUGCACCAUAACACUCACUUUUUUCCUCCUAAAAAGUAAGGGGAAAUGUCUGCGUGUUAUGGAGGGAAUGCCUACGGGUGGCAUGCCUACAGAUUUUCCUCCUCUAAAAACUACGUGCGUGUUAUGGUCGGGUGUGUGUUAUACAGCGAAAAAUACGGUAAGUUUUCUGUUUUUCCUCCUUCUGCCAUAAAGGUUUAGAGGAUAUAACAUCAGACAGUCCCUUGUCUGUAAUUCUCUAGCAGCCGUGCAUUUGCGAUUUUGGCUUCAGAUUCUCCCACAAUUUUGACAAAGCAUAUAAGUGAAUUGUAGAAUUUGCUCCCAGAAUGUAGUAACAACCCUCAAAUUGAAGGGAUUUAAAAGAGGAUUCAACAAAUUCAUAGACUAUAAAGUUAUCAGUUGCUGGCUACAUUCUCCCUCCAUUGCUGGAGGCAGAAUGGCCCUGCAGAAGAGUUUGCUUGUUUAUUUUAUUUAUUUCAUAAAAUUUAUACACUGCUUGAUCAUUUCUUUUUAAAAAAAGGUUUACAAAAGAUAAAACGGUAAAAUAAAGGAAAAAAUUGCAAAUGUACUGGUACUUUCAAACAUGCGAAAGUUAAGAAUAGUAAAACUGAUUAAAAUCACCUCAGUUUCUUAGCAUCUUGGUAAAAGGUGAAGGUAAAGGGUAAAGGGACCCCUGACCAUUAGGUCCAGUUGUGACUGACUCUGGGGUUGCGGUGCUCAUCUCGCUUUAUUGGCUGAGGUAGCCGGCGUACAGCUUCCGGGUCAUGUGGCCAGCAUGACUAAGCCACUUCUGGCAAACCAGAGCAGCACAUGGAAACGCCGUUUACCUUCCCAGUGGAGUGGUACCUAUUUAUCUACUUGCACUUUGACGUGCUUUCAAACUGCUAGGUUGGCAGGAGCAGGGACUGAGCAAUUGGAGCUCACUCCGUUGUGAGGAUUCGAACUGCCGACCUUCUGAUCGGCAAGCCCAAGAGGCUCAGUGGUUUAACCCACAGUGCCACCUCCGUCUGGGUAGGCUUGUCUAAACAAGAAGGUUUUUAGCAAGUGCCAAAAAGAGUACAUUGAAGGCCCCUGCUUGAUCUCAGUAGGCAGGGAAUUGUUGGUGUGGAGAGUGCUGUUGCACUCAGGUCCUACUUGUGAACUUCCCAUAGGCAUCUAGUUGGCCACUGGGAACAAAGUCCUGGACAAGAUGGGCCUUUGACCUGAUCAAGCAAGCUCUUAUUAGGCUCUUCUACAUGGGGAUAACCCUACCCUCCAGAAAAUUACGCUGAAAUGGCAGGAUUGCUAUGUCUCCUCUUAAUCUUUCCUCUUGUUUUAACACACCCAGUUUUUUUAAACCAACCUUCUUAGGACUUGGUUUCUAGGCCCUCCUCAUCCUGGUUGUCCACCUCUGAACAUGCUCCAGUUUGUCUAUGUAUUUUUCUUAAAAGGUGGCACCCAGAACUGGACACAACGUUCUAGAGGGUGGAAGUUGUGGAAUCUUAGUGAUAGCAAGCUCUGCAGUUGACUGCAUUGUGGAAGUGAACGUGAAUAUUCCCCUUGCCGGUCACGUACAAAGAUGGUAAUGGACAUCUUCAUUUGGAGAGGAAAUUGCAGAGUAGGAAUUUUUAUUAUAAAUAAAUGGAAAAAAUUAAAAAAUCAACAACAUGCACAGAGGCUACAUAACUCUAAAUAUAGAUGAAGCAAACAUUUGUGGGCUCCAUCUGGAAAGAUUAUUUCCUCUUAUAAUUGGCUGACUAAAUAACUGUUAGGGUUGGUUUAGUUAUAAUUAUUUCUUUAAAGGUUCCCCCCCUCCAUGGUUAAAAAUUGCUUAUUUCACAGUAAAAAUGUGCCAUUUCAUGGUACAUUGAUCAAAAAAGGGGGGGGGAAGGAAAAUAAGAAAGACAUUUUUGUGGGUAAAUGGAAUACAUUUAUUAAUAUCAGAAAACAGUUCUGUCAUACUUUCCCAUAUUUAUGACGGAUGUUCAUGCACUAAAUUGACAUGUUUUGUGAGUUACAAAUAUGACUGGAAGGAGGUGUAAAUGAUUUUUAUGGGUGGAAAAUGAAUGCUUGCCACAAGAUGUUAGAAACAGCCCAGCUGGAUCAGAACAAAGACCUAUUAUUACCACCACCACCACCACAUUUGCUGGAUGCUGCAUAAGAUAGGUUCUCUGGGCAUUUUGCCAAAUCAGUCACAGUGUACCUGCCACUUAUGUGAGGUCCACAUGCAAAGGCAAAACCUUGCAAAGUCAGGAGCCCCUGAAACCACCACUGCCGGUUGCAAGGGGGACCCUGAGACCCUGGGGCCUUCCCAGACCUUCCCAGACCCCCGGUAAGCGAGGAGGUGCCUUCCUUACUGGCCUCUAGGAGGAUUCUAGUGCUGUCACACCUCCUUCCAAAAGUCUGUUAAAGAAGGUGCUGCCAUGCUUACUUGGCCUUGGGAAGCUGACACAAUGGCUCUGGGACACUGUCAGAACUCUCUCGCUCUCUUCCCAAAGUCUGGUAAGGGAGGAAAACCUGCACAAGUGGGGUAUAAAGUAAUAAAUGGAGAGCAGGGAGUGGUAGGUUUCCUGGCUUUCCAUCAGAAAUUCAGCAGGCACUUCACUUUAAAUAAUUUUAUUAAUUGUUAUUCUAUGUUAUAUAUAUAUUACACAGGAAAAAUACAGGAAAAAGCAUACAUUCAAUUAAAGUUCCCCCCUGUCCCCACCGUAGCAGCCCCAACUAUAUCCCGUUGUAUUAGUAUUAAUAAAAUAUAACCUUACUUCAAUAGCUGAUGACUUAAAAAGUGUUGCUUCACAGGUUUUCUUGUGUUUUGUGUAGUUUGUAGAUGAAGUGAAAGUGGAAAACGUCUUUGCAGAUUAUUGUGUUGUCUUCUUUUCUUGUACUUUUUUGUCAACUUUUCCAUCAAGAUUAAAUCCCAAACAUAAGUGUAUCAGACUUCAUAUAUGUUCAGUGUCCUCCAGUGCCUAGCAACAGCAAAACAUGCUGCAGUUACAAGAUGCAGAAUUAAGUCUCUGUUCCUAAGUUCUUGUGCUUCAUCUGCAAAUAUUGAAAGUAGUGCCAUUUUGGGAUUUAUUUCUUUUUUUAAAAAAAAAUGUUUUACAGGUGAUUUUUUAAAUGUUUUUUUUAGAGUGUGUGUGUGUGUGUGUGUGUGUGUGUGUGUGUGUGUCUUGUACACCAAUGUGAUAUGUGUUUUAAUAUUGUAACCUGCCCGGGGUUCUUAGGAUGAAGGGCAGGUAAUUAAUACAGCAAUGAUAGUAUUGUGGCUACCCAGCCGUAUAGCAUUAGCUACCCAGCUCUGCUGCCGAUGUGACCCUAUCCCAUCCCGCUUCCUCUGAGGCCAGAAGAGGAGAACCAGACCAGGCACUGUGGGAGCCCCUGCCAGGGUGCCUGCUUCACAUCCCCUCAAAAAUCCAUGCCCUGACCCACGGCCCCACUGGCACCACCCACGCUAUGCCCCUGGGUCUCCCCAUAGGCUUCUGGUUGGCCACUGUGAGAACAUGAGAACAUGGAAACUGUUUUCAUGAACACCCCAUGGGAUGUUGGCAAAACUACAGAAAGGCAAGCAGGUCAUUCUGAGGGAUUUUAAUCUGAGACCUUUCACAUAUAAGGCAUGCUAUGUACCAUUGAGAUACACUUCUUCCAGAAAGAAUGGAUGUUGCAGCACCAAAGGGAACUUUGGACAGGAUGUGGACAGGCUGCUAGGACGAGUGAAACCAACCACCUGUCUCCUUGAUCCUUGCCCAUCCUGGCUUUGUGGGGUGGUGAAUGCUUCUCUCUGUGAGGGAGCCUUCCCAGACCCACUGAAAGAGGCGGUUAUUAAACCGCUUCUUAAAAAACAAUCUAUAGAUGCGGCUAAUAUGGCCAACUAUCACCCAGUGUCAAAUCUUCCAUUCUUGGGCAAGGUGAUUGAGCGAGUGGUUGUUGAACAACUCCAGGCAUGCCUGGAGGAUGUGGACCACUUGGAUCCCUUUCAGUCAGGAUUCAGGCCUCAUCAUGGUAAUGAAACUGCCUUGGUCACACUGGUCGAUGAUCUCUGGCGGGCUAGGGACAAAGGUGAAAUCUGUUUCCUAGUUCUGCUGGAUCUCUCAGCAGCUUUUGAUACCAUCAACCAUAACAUCCUUCUGGACCAUCUAGAGGGGCAGGGAGCUGGGGGCACUGUUAUACAGUGGUUCCGCUCCUUCCUCCUGGACCAUAUUCAGAAAUUGGUGGUGGGGGAUGAGUGUUCAGACCCUUGGACUCUCACUUGUGGGGUGCCUCAGGGUUCUGUCCUCUCCCCCAUGCUUUUCAACAUCUACAUGCAGCCGCCGGGAGAGAUCAUCAGGGGGUUUGGGCUGGGUGUUCAUCAAUAUGCGGAUGAUACCCAGCUCUACCUCUCUUUCAUAUCAGAACCAGUGAAGGCAGUGAAGGUCCUGUGUGAGUGUUUGGAGGCCGUUGGAGGAUGGAUGGUGGCUAACAGAUUGAGGUUGAAUUCUGACAAGACAGAAGUACUGUUUUGGGGAGACAGAAGGCAGGCAGCUGUGGAGGACUCUCUGGUCCUAAAUGGGGCAACUGUGCCCCUGAAGGACCAGGUGAGCAGCCUGGGAGUCAUUUUUGACUUGUAGUUGUCCAUGGAGGCUCAGGUCAAUUUUGUGUCCAGGGCAGCUAUUUACCAGCUUCAUCUUGUACGCAGACUGAGACCCUAUCUGCUCACGGACUGCCUUGCCAGAGUGGUGCAUGCUCUGGUUAUCUCUUGUUUGAACUACUGCAAUGCGCUCUAUGUGGGGCUACCUUUGAAGGUGACCCGGAAACUACAACUAAUCCAGAAAGCGGCAGCUAGACUGGUGACUGGGAGCGGCCACCGAGACCACAUAACACCGGUCUUGAAAGACCUACAUUGGCUCCCAGUAUGUUUCCAAGCACAAUUCAAAGUGUUGGUGCUGACCUUUAAAGCCCUAAACGGCCUCGGCCCAGUAUAUCUGAAGGAGCAUCUCCAACCCCAUUGUUCUACCCGGACACUGAGGUCCAGCGCCAAGCGCCUUCUGGCAGUUCCCUCACUGUGAGAAACCAAGUUACAAGGAACCAGUCAGAGGGCCUUCUCGCUAGUGGCACCCGCCCUGUGGAACGCCUUCCCAUCAGAUGUCAAAGAGAACAACAACUAACAGACUUUUAGAAGACAUCUGAAGGCAGCCCUGUUUAUGGAAGCUUUUCAUGUUUGAUGGAUUACUGUAUUUUAAUAUUUUGUUGGAAGCCACCCAGAGCGGCUGGGGAAGUUCAGCCAGAUGGGUGGGGUAUAAAUAAUAAAUUAUUAUUAUGAUAUUCUGGUGAAAAACUUUCUCCCAUAAGGACUGGGGCUGAAUGGACCCUUUUUGAGCCCUUGCUUCCAGACCAGUUCCUUAGGGUCUACCUUCUUUGUUGGAGAACUGCAGGCUCUUUAACAGCCAUUGCUCCGGCCUGAAGAUGGUUGCUUAAUCCUUUGAUCCAAGGCAUGGGCAUAACGAAGGGGGGGGGCAGGGGGUAGCUCCCUCCCAUCAGUGAAAAUCAAUAAAAAUUGCAGGUUCUGCUCCCCUCCAAAAGCCUGCUCUCCCUAACAAAAACCCUGGUUACACACAUGUUCCAAGGUCUCCCACACAUGGUGUUCUCCCUACACCAUUGGAAUAGUGAGGUGUGGGAGACACUCAGUUCCUUGGAACCAGAGGAAGAUACCUGUGAGGGUCAUGGCUUGGGACUCUCAGAUCUGGUUCAGUGGAUGCCUGCCUGCCAGCCAGCAUCAGAUUUAAUGGGUUGUUGAUCUCAUUAGGCUGAGCGCCAAGAACCCAAUCCAACUGAUCUGAAGGUGGCAUUGUAGCCUUUGACAGUGUCCCAGUCCUUGCUAGACUCCAGGGUCUUGAUACAUAAUAAAAACCAGGAAGCUGUCGUGGUCCCAGCCCAGGAACCCUCAGGCAAGGAUGAAAUGGAUCCACUCCUUAGUCUUAUCAUUAAAUGCUGUGGCACCAGAGUAAUAUGAACCCUGAGGAGAUGCAUCUUCUGUCAGCAUUUUGAUGACUGGUCCACAGACUCCUUGAGGAUCAGGACAGUCCUGAGUAAUGUUCCUCAUGGCAUUCCCCACAGAUCAAGUUUCUACUGCUAGAAAAUGACCCUUUAACUGGGCAGAUGGGAGUGGAGCUUCCAUCUUGAUUCCCUAGAGCCUAGACCAAACCACAAAGCUCUGUCAGUUGCUCCAUGACACUGCUUAGACAUUGAUUUGAUCCCUGCAUUGCAGGGAGUUGGGCUAUAUUACCUUUCAGGUCCUGUGCUACUCUACAAUUCUAUGACUCCAUGCCCAUUUUAAAUUAAUGUGUCAACUGUAUGGCUUCUGACAACCCUUGCAAGGCUGCCUCAGUCCUUGUACAAGGUCCUAAAAUCUCCUUGCAUUUCAUCCCCUCUUUUCCGUAAUCCAGGGCCUGCAAUUUUCAUCCUGCCUGGGCCUUCACUUUUCUUUGGCGGUGGACAUCACCAUGACCCUGAACAGAAGUCUCUAGCUAACUGCAGUUUCCAAACAGGGAAACUAUAGUUACCAUAUUUGGAACAAGGCAGGAUCUUCAAAUAUCUUCAAACACCUUGCCCCAACCAUCACCAAGCAGUAGUGCCUUAUUCUGAAGUUGCUGGCUAUAGUUUCCUUGUUCUGAUAAAAUGGGAAACAAAGAUGAAUCAGAGGUUUGUGGUCUGCAUGUUCAUGCUGCAAAGGAGAGGAGAAAAGGGGCUGUAUGCAUGGACAAAAAAAGCCGUGUUCCUAUCUCAGCUUGAGAAGCCAGUAUAUAAUUGCCCAAAUGCAUUCAUUGUCUCACACAUAUGAUGCAUUUUCUCAUAAAUUACACCUCAUUCCUAAUCAGUUUAAGCUCAUUGGUUGUGUUUCUUUUUUUAAAUUUUACUUUCCAUUUUGUGAGUCACUCUUUCCUUUAAGCUGUUCUCAGUAGGUUUGAAAUGAAGAAGCUGUUUCGCCCUCCUCCCAACUGCCACAUCCAGUCACUAAUUGCCACAGUGUACCUUGUUUAGUUGUGAUUUCCCUGGAGUGCCUUGUUGUGAGGGAACAUGGACACAGUGUGUUAAAAUCAUGUCAUUUACACUGGAAGCCCUCAGAGAUAAAAUGGUGUUGUUGGCAUUACGUGACGUACAUAAAGUACAAGCCACCAGCUUUGCUAGAGUGAGGAGGCUCAAAGCAAGUGGGGGGAAAAUGCUUUCUAAUUGGCAUUUCUGCCCAAACUGGAUUUGCAGGUAAGUUUCUCAGACCAGGGAUACUUCUGAAUCCCUUCUCACUUGGAUUACUUGGAGUUGUUCUAAAGGUGUAACUGAUCUGUGGGGAUAGAUGGCUCAGUCUUGAUGUACUUUAUGCCCCUUUGCCUGUGCCUGCAUGUCCGUUGAUUCCCAUUUCCAUGUGGACUACCUAUCUUGAAAAAACCCACACCAUUUAACCUCCCCCCCCCCCAACAUAUGGAUAAAGCAUGUACCUCAUUAAAACUCACUGCUUAUCAUUCAGAACCUUUUGAUUCCGAAUCCAAAGAAUGUGGUCAUGGUCAUGGAUGACUUUAAGACAGGAUAUAACAAUCUUAAAUAUAUGGCUUUAAGAAGUGGGUCUAGUACUCUGCCCCAUUCGUCUCACGUGUGGGCUGAAUAACAAGUUGAUGGGGUGAUUCAGAGUCUCCCACAAUCCCACACUGAAGCACAGUGUCAAUACCCAGCCAUCACAAAUUGGAUCGAGGCCCCACAAAGUUUUGUAUCAGCUCUGGUUUUCCAGUGCAGUAAGCCCACAAUUUAUGUGGGGAUUAUGUUCCUGGGAUCAGGCCUAAAGCCAAUAUCACAUAUAGUCAAAACACAUUGGGUUCAGUAAUGGGUGGGAUUGCCAAAGUCUUUUUUCCCAGAUGCCCGCCCCCUUCCACUCCCCAAUUUAAAUGCAUGUAAGUUGUGGGCUUACCAUUUCUCUCUAUUUCUCUCUAUGAGCUUUGCAAGGAGUGAAGCUGUACAAAAAGUUGCUUGCAGAGCACUGAAGAGCUCUAGAUAAUGAAAAAAAACCAAACAUGCCAUGUUGGUUUGCCAAAACAAAGCAAAGAACUCUUCAGAAUUCUGCAGGCAGUAUUCUAGACAGCCUCAUACUACAAAGCUAUCAGAGGCCUGUAAAUCCCUACCGGAGGAUGCAAAGACAUCAGAAAGUAAGGCCAGUGCAAAGUUGCCAAGUUGUUGGUUUUUUUAAAUAUAUAUAUAUAUAUAUAUAUAUAUAUAUAUAUGCAAGUAAUAAUAAACUUCAUUCAACCAUUUAAUUAUUUUAAGGUAAUAAAGACACACCUAUUCUCCCCUUUAUUAUGGAAGAAAAUGUAUCCCUUUUAUUUUUACCACAAAAAGCCCCUGAAGCUACUUGUCUGCAAUUUGGCAGGGCUCAAUUCACUCUCCAAGGGCUCAUAUACCCAUAGAUUUCAUCCUCUUUGGUGAAAAAGGCAGGAAAGUCAUAGCCAUUUUUAUAUUCUCCAUUACAGUGACUGGGAAAACUCAGGCAUUCACUGUACAAAGGGUUCAGAAGCUGAAACACAGCACAGAGAGACCCAAACAGAUAAGAUUGUGUGUGUUUUGAACCCCACACAGAUAUGAGUCAAGUCAUGGGGGCUGUGAACACCCCUAGUAUCUAAUGAGAGGCAGAAUAUAUCUAAAUCCCAGUCACUGUGGAAUGCCAAAUUUAGAGGGCUAUUGCGCUCAUGUCCUGCUUAUGGGCUUCCGAUAAGCUUAUGGUUGAAUAUCAUGGGAAAUAGGAUUCUAGACUAGGUUGGCAUUUGAUGGGAUCCAACAGGGCUCUUCAUAUGACCUUAUGAAUAUGCAUGCAUUUUGCAGGACAUCCAUUUGAGAACCUGCAUGCUCUGGUGCCAUUUCUGUGACCCUUGGAAGAACUUUAUCAGCUUUACAAAGUAGUGAGGGCUAUGCAGCCUGCCAGCACUUUAGAUUGCACCCCUGCAGGGGAAUUAAUCCAGGGCCCCAAAAACAUCAAUGCCGUGAAGCUAUUUUGGAACACAUGCUACUUUCGUUCACUUAUACAGGCUAUUCUGAACCAGAGUGAAGGAGGGCAGGUCAGGAGACCAGUAGCUAUUGCUUUUUGUAUCUUGCCCCUUUGAGCUACCACUGCUGUAGUUUCUUUGGAUCUUUUGUCAGCCUUGUCAUGACCCAACUCAGCUAGCCAGACAUGGACUACAGGGAGGAGAAGAGGCACUGCGCCUGCUGUCUGGUACAGAGUGGUGAGACUCGAGAUGAGCUAGUCAAUGCAGAUUCAUAAACAGCUUGCCCAUUUGAACCUGCAGCCUUAUCCCAAUAUGAAUUGUCUAGAUCAGCGGUAGCCAAUAUGAUCUCAUACCACCUGUCCUGGCCACCACAGACAAUGGUAAAAUUUUGGAUUGCAAAGACAAAUAACUAAUUGGCCACUUGCUAAUUUUAGCUACAUUGACCUUCACGUGUCUUUGGAAAUGCAUGUGUAAAGCCAUGGUGGAGUCUAGUUUCUGGCCAUGUCAGAAAAGCUAAAGCAAAAACUGUUUAACACAGGAGGAUAUCAAUAAAAGAACCUUUUAUGCAGUCUGGUUUGACUUUAUUAAAUAAACAAACGAGGGAACAGCAUCUCCAAAGACACAAACAAGGUAUGCAAGUUUAUGGAGCUCUUAAUAGCUAAAAGACUUGACAUCAGAGCUCAGUCACCAAUAUCUUGCGAACUCUGUGCUACACACUGUGGACUUUGUGAAAAGAGAAAGAACAGAAUCAUAGACUCGUAGAAUUGGAAGGUGUCUGAAGGCCCCCUAGUUCAACCCCCUGAAACCAUACUGGACCCUGCUUAGCUUUGUAAAUGUGUUAGCAGUUUUAUUGCUGCACCAAUAAUCAGACUGAUCAGUGGCUUUUGUUUUAUGUUUUUACUUACCUCUGAAAUCCUGGGGGGUUUAUCUCAUGUGUUUGUUAUAUUUUAUUUGUAGCCUUGUCUUCUAAAAAAUUAUAUAUCUAUAAAUUAUGCACACUAUCACACAUGCCCGCCCACAUACACAUAUAUAUUAAAUUAAAGGGACAGUGAUCAGGGCUAAUGGGAGUUAUAGUUCAGCUACAUCUGGAAAGCUGGGCUCCGCAUCUAGGUUAGCCUGAAAGAGGUUUCACCAGACACAAACCUCAGGACUACCAGUCUGCCGUAGCAGGUACUGGAGGCCUCUGAAGGACCGCCCCACCUAGUCAAAAUUGUUAGAGUCACAGAGUCCACUUGCUAGUGAUGUCAGAGGGCCUUUCAAGAUGUAUUUCAAGAUGUAUUCAGCAUCAUGGGUUUCGUAGUACUUGGCUGCAGAAACAAUUAUUGCAGAUUGCACACCUAAAAUACAGAAAAGUCUGGAGAACCAUCUGGUGAGAACCAACAUUCAAUUUUAGGAGCAAUUUGGCCACAGUGCCACUACCCUUGAUGUUGGCUGACUUUUUUUCUUUUCAUGACUGGGGGAAAAUAACAACUUUUCAGUGCAUUGUUUCAUUUACACCAGGCAUAGGCAAACUCAGCCCUCCAGAUGUUCUGGGACUACAAUUCCCAUCAUCCCUGACCACUGGUCCUUUUAGCUAGGGAUCAUGAGAGUUGUAGUCUCAUGGAGAGCCGAGUUUGCCUAUGCCUGAUUUACACCUUCAAUGGAUCAACACAAGGUGGUGACUCUCUCUCUCUCUCUCUCUCUGUGUGUGUGUGUGUGUGUGUGUUUGCGCACACACUUUUUAAAAGAUGAGAGUUUUUGCUAACAUUGAUCGGGCAGAUGAAAGAGUGAAAGAUGAAAGGAGCUGCUUGUUGGCAAAAUGACGGCAAAUCAGCUCAGUAGGGCAUGGAAAUAGCAACAUUUCCAUAGUCUGUAUUAUACAUGCCAACCAAGCGUGUACAGUGGUACCUCGGUUUACAAACUUAAUCCAUUCCGGAAGUCCGUUCUUAAACCAAAGCUGCUCUUAAACUGAGGUGCGCUUUCCUUAAUGAGGCCUCCUUCUCCCGGUGCCCUUCCACCAUUUGGCUUCCAUUUGUAGAAUGAGGUAAAGUUUGCAAACCGGGACACUACAGUUGUACCCUGGGUUACAGAUGCUUCAGGUUACGUUUUUUCAGGUUACGGACCUCCAAAACCUGGAAGUACCGGAACGGGUUACUUCCAGGUUUCGGCGGUCGCGCAUGCGCAGAAGUGCUGAAUCGCAACCUGCGCGUGUGCAGACGUGCCGCUGCGGGUUGCAAACGCUGCAGGUUGCAAACAUGCAUCCUGCAUGGAUCAUGUUCACAACCCGAGCGUCCACUGUACUUCUGGUUUUGUGGAGUUCGUAAACUGAAUAGUUCAUAAACAGGGCUGUUCUUAAACCAAGGUACCACUGUAGAAGAAGAAGAAGAGUUUGGAUUUGAUAUCCCGCCUUUCACUCCCUUUAAGGAGUCUCAAAGCGGCUAACAUUCUCCUUUCCCUUCCUCCCCCACAACAAACACUCUGUGAGGUGAGUGGGGCUGAGAGACUUCAGAGAAGUGUGACUAGACCAAGGUCACCCAGCAGCUGCAUGUGGAGGAGCGGAGACGCGAACCCGGUUCCCCAGAUUACGAGACUACCGCUCUUACCCACUACACCACACUGUACUGGGAGGCAGCCUGAGUGUAGGAUUCUGAAAUCAAUUUAUGUACAGUGUGUAAGGAAGGAGACCUUGCAGAAGCUUGCUGCAUGGAUUCCUUAAAGUCUAUUGUUCACAGGCUUUUCUGAAACAUUUUAAGAUAUUGAUCUGCUUACUCUUUUUGCCUUGUGCUUUUUGCCUUGUACUUUGGCAGAGAACUCACAUCCUAGGACCGAAUGCAAGCCAGUGAGUUGCAUCAUGUAGCUGCAACUGCUAUUCCUUCUGAUGUUGAGGGAACAUCCUUGCUGGAUGCCUUGCAUAAUACAUCAGUGGGCAUAGGGGAUGUCCUUUCAUGUAUCUGCAUCAUGAGAACAAAGGGGGGCAACAGGUGGGAAAGGAUGAUCCGAGUAAGACUCUUUAAAGUGGAGACUGGGGGUGUGGGCUGCCUACCAGAAUUAAAGGGAUCAAAGGAAGCUUCCUGAUACUGACCAUUGAUUGACCCAGUAUUGCCCACCCUGACUGGCAGCGGUUCUCCAGGGUUUCAGGCAAGGGACAUUCCCAGCCCUAACUAGAAAGGCUGGGGAUUGAAACUGGAAACUUCUUCAUGCAAAGCAUAUGCUCUGUAAAUUCUUCUUCUUCAGAACAUAGAGAACUGGCUCUUACAAGUCAGCAUAGUUCAAGCCGUUACUGGUAAUGGGUAAAGGUCAACGCCAAAAUUUAAAAAGGUUCAAAACUAUAUAGCAAAUUGCAUUUGCAAACACAAAUAAUGAAAAUAUUCUGCAUGCUGGAGAUCAAAGAAUUAAAUAAGAAAUAAGAAAUAAGAAAAAGAAGCAAUGAAAGAAACAAUGAAUUUUAAUAAUAAAUUCAUAUAUACUUUCUUUGUUUCUUUAUUAAAUCAGGGCAUCAGCACAACAAUUUAUAGCUGUCAACAAAAGCACUUUUCUACACAACCUCACAGCAGUCACUUCAAAAAAAAAUCCCAUAAGUCACUCAAAUAUGUUAGUGUGUUUGAAGAGAUUACAGUCAUACCUUGGGAUAAAUAUGCUUCAGGUUGAGCACUUUCGGGUUGCGCUCCGCGGCGACCCAGAAGUAAUGGAGUGUGUUACUUCUGGGUUUUGCCACUCGCGCAUGCGAAGACGGUCAAAAUGAUGUCACGUGUAUGCGCGGAAGUGGAACAAAUGUGACCUGCACACACGCAGACAAGCUGUCGCAUCUUACAUUCUGUUCGGGAUGCGAACAGGGCUCUAGAACGGAUCCCGUUCGCAUCCCAAGGUACCACCGUACACAUAUUUUCUAUGGUGGUUUUUGAGAGAGACAGAGAGAGAGAGAGAAUCUGAAAAUACUAGAACUUGGGGACACCCAAUGAAUUUGAAUGUACAAAGUGUCAGGACAGACAAAAUGAAGUACUUCUUCAUACUUCAUAGUUAAACUAUUGAAAUCACAAACCCCAAAACAUGGAUGGCUUUAAAAGAGGCUCAGGGAAAUUCAUAGAGGCCAAGGUGAGCAAGGGCUAUUUGCCCUGGUGGCUGUUUCCUGUAUCCACUAUGAGAAGCAGUAUGCCCCUGAAUACCAGUUGUUGUGAACCACAACUGGUUCGAGCGUUGCUGUGCUCUGGUCAUGACUGUGGACUUCCCACCAGGGCAGCUGGUCAGUGACUGUGAGAACAGGAUGAUGGACUUGAUGAGCCAUUGGCCAGAUUUGGGAGGCUCUCCUUACCUUGUUGGUCUCACCCCCACCCUAAGAAAAAAGAUGUCCACUUGGAGAUGACUGCCAUUUCCACCUAACAGUGUUAUAGUAGGUUCAAGGCAUUGAGAAAGAUGCAAAAUGGUGGUAACAUUGCAAAAAACAACAAAAAACAAAAAAACAAAAGCCACUUCACAUAAAGAAAUUGCACACUCAUGCACACACACACACACACACACACACACACAGCCAAGCAGGCUCCCAGAGUGGCUUACGUAAAAUCAAAACAAGACACUCCCUCCCCACAAGUUUACAGUCUGAAAUCAACCUCAACAAACAAGGGGAAAGGGGCAAGGAGGGAAGGGGGAAAUCAAAAUCAAAUCUCAGACAUCACUUUCUGGACCUGAGUCUGUAUUUAUGAGCUGCCUCAGUGAGCAUAAAAGGCAUACAUUCUGCAAGUCUUCAUAUACAGCAACUAUUUAUGUUGAUACAUGAGUACUAAUGGUUCCCUAUAUCUGCAUUUUAUCAGACCAACCUAGGGCAAUGGGGUGAAUGCAAGGCCUUCUGAACUCUUCCCCAGCCACCUUCCUUCUCCUCAAGCCACACUCCUCACUGGCCCUGUUACACACACACAAAAUGCUUCUGUCUGUCUGGAACAUGUCCAUGAAAUCCAAUCAAUGCUUCUUGUAUGUCAGGAUGGAGGAUAGAGAAGGGUGUGUGAGUGUGUGUAGAAAUCAGCUUCCUGUACAAAAGUAACAUUUGCAUUUGCUACCCCACACGUUUUGCCUGUGGCCCUGCCUACCGCUGGCAAUGUGGCCUUGGAAGGUCGCCCAGAAGAGAACGUGGCGCUUUGCUUCUGCCAUGGCUGAAGAAGGUUCCCCAAUCCUGCCCUUCAGGAAAUCUUAGUCUUGUUUAGUACUGUAAGCACGGUUUGGGCAUGCAGGGGAAUCCCUGAUUACGCAGGGGUUCCAUUCCCUGCAGCCACAUGCAUGCAUGGGACACACAAAUCUGUUCUGCCCUGUUCUGCCCCUACCUUGCCCUCUUUCUGUGCCAAAAAUGGCACUCAUGUCAGUGGUCCUACACAUGCUGAUCUUGCACAUGUUGGGUGGUGCCUGUAAUUCCAAACUUCUAAGAACAGAAACUUUGUAUCACUGCAGGGAAAUUCUACCUACUGCGUUCUCCCUCGAUACAGCAGUUACUGGAAGGGGGGAAGGGCAGAAAUUGUACAUGUCUUGUUUCCAUUCUGAUAUUUUCUAAUCUUUUUCACCCUGUCAGGCCUCUCCAGGGUGGGUCUCUUCAGUGCUCGAUGCUGGAACAGCUUUGUCCCUGGGAAACAUUUUUAAAGAUCUCCAUGUUGUAAAUCUGCUAGCUCACUCCUGGAAGCCGGGAGGCUCCAUAGAGCAUAAUUUAAGGUUCUAACAAGCCAAGCAGAAGCCAUUACUCAAUUUUAAUUUUAAUUCGGCUUUUUCUUUCUCCAAAUGGGUGGCUUGCAGCCUCCUGCUGGAGCAGUUAUGUAAAGAAUAGGAGUCAUUGUGUUUGAAGCUAGGAAUUAACUUUUUUUCUCAAGCACAAGGAGUUCUGGCUCUACCUAUUAAAGUGUUUGCUAUUUCUGGAAGCUCUGUUAUCCUCCCCUUCUUCACUCACUGUUUCUGAAGACAGGAAGCCACCCACGUGCCUCUAUAGAGAACCACCCACAUGCUUCUAUAAGAAGAGCUCACCCUCAAGAGACUGGCGUGGGUCAGACCUUGGUCUGACGUGAGAACGAUGCUAUAAGAACCAUGUUGCCACACAUUUAGGGAUGGAGGAGAAUCUUGCCCUGUCCACAUUUUAAAGAAAGCUUCCCUAAUUCACAGUUAGGGUAAGGGGCCAUCACUCAGUGGUAGAGCAAAUGUCUUGCGUGCAGAAGGUCCUGGGUUUUCUGUUAUUGUUGCAAGCUGCCCAGGGACCUUACAGAGACCAUAAGAAAUCAAAUGAAUAAAUAAAUCCCUGGCAUCUCCAGGAAGAGCUGGGAGUGAACCUUUUCUGAAAUUCUGGAGAGCCACUACCAGUCAGUGUAGUCUGUGCUAUGCUGGCUGGACCCAUUGGUCUGAAUUGGUAUAAUACAGCUUCCUAGGUUGCCAGCCAUGUAAAUGGAUUAAAGUGUACUUAACAACUGGAUUUCAGGUAGGCUAGACUUUGAACAAGGGAUCAGGUAACCAGUAAAUCAUUUGCUUCCCUUCUGUAAUUGCUCUUACGUUGCCCCAGCCACUUUGGGUGACUUCCAGGAAAAUAGAAAAACACAAUAAAACAUCAAACAUAAAAGAAAUUCCUAUACAGAUGUCUUCUAAAAGCCAUAUAGUUGUUUAUCUAUUUGACAUCUGAUGGGAGGGCAUUCCACAGGGUGAGUACCACUACCAGGCCCUCUUCCCAUUUCUCUGUAACUUCAUUUCUCCCAGCGAGGGAACCACCAGAAGGCCAUCAGAGCUGGACCUCAGUGUCUGGGCUUGAUGAUGGAGUUAGAGACGCUCCUUCAGGUAUACAGGGCCAGGGCUGUUUAGGGCUUUAGGGCAACUCUCAUCACCACUGACCAUUCUCCAUGCUGGCUGUGGUUGAUAGGAGAUGGUCCAAAAACAUAUGAUUCUCUACCAAAUCUGCUAUGUGGUAAACAUUUGUGUGGAUCUUUAUACAGCUAACAUUUUCAGCAGAUCCCUUCCUUCCUUCCUUCCUUCCUGGUGGAGUGGCUUUGUGUCUGGGAUCUACCACUGCAAUGCCUUGCAAAACCCAACAGUUGCUCUGGUGUUGGGAAUCUAUUUGCACCUUCAGAAUGGUGAUUUUAAGGGUCCAUCUUGCAAAUGACUUGGAGUGAUCUUGCCUGUAAUGCAUCCUUGAACUCUUGAUGGUGCCUCUUGCUUGGAUGGAGGAGAAAGAAGAGAUAGAGAAAGAAAGAAAGUAGAAACCUCUGGCUUUUGCAUGGCUGGAGUACCUAGUGCAUAAAGGUAACAGUCGCAUCCAUUCUGCCUACUUUUGUUCGUGGUCCCCUCACAUUUUGCCUCUGCCCCCUGAAUGAUGGCCUGUGAUGGAAUGCAGGCUUUAGACCAAAAAUUCUGUUUUUAUUUGCGUUUGGUGCAUGCUAGCUGUAAGUAGGUACUUUAUCUCCUAGUUUUGUAUUUUAAUCCUAUUGAUGGACAUUUUGAGCAUCUUUAUAUUCAAGAGGUGGAAAAGUUACUAAUUAUUUUAAAUAUAACACUAAUGUUUCCACAACUUACAGCAGGCAGUAUUUGGUGCUCCUUUUUAGUUUACUCAGAAGCAUGUUUCGACUUCUAAGCCAUGAGUCAGUUUCUGUGGUGCUCGGAGACUAUUUCACAUACAUCUCGCUUCACAGAACUUUGCGCUGACAUAGUCAUUUGCAAUAAAAUAUUGACAGAAAGCUGCAGCAAGGCCAACUCCACAAAGGAGUCAUUCUUGCUGCUUGGAUAAAUCCCUUCAGGAUCAGAAAUGGAGUAGUGGGGAGAGACUCUGAAAACCAAGAAAUCAAAACAUAUUUACAUUACUGGAGUCUGCCCUGUUAUUGUAUGCUUCUUAUAGUGGUGGGGUUGCCUCUGAUACCAACUGAAUACACUGGUGUGAAGGCAUGGUAUGUCCACAAACAUUUCAGCUGCUCGGGGAAAGAAGCAGAUGAGAUGCUUGGAGUUCCGAGUAUGUGAGGGAAGGGAACCUUGUCGGUUGUCAGGGAUUAAAACCUCUCUCACGCAGAGAGUAAGGGCAGGGGUGACUUUGUGGGGCAGACUGAGAAGACCAGGGAGAGAAGGGAAACUAAAAAACAUUGGAAAGAGAGAAGGCAGGUGAAGGUGAAGACAAUGUUCUGAGAAAAGCUAACUUCAGUGAAGAGAGAGAAGGCAGUUUGCAAAAAUAGACACUGAAAACAAGCACUAAAGCUAGAAGUGUGCAAAGAGGGAGUAUAUAUUGUGGAUGAGAGUGGAGAUAUAUGUAUGAGAAACUGGCCAAGGGACAGGGUGGAUGAAGGAAGUGUUACAGGACAGGUAAUUGACUGAAGAGCCAACUGGCCACACAUAAAAUAAUAGGAGUAAACAAGGUUUGUUUCUACAUCUACCAGCUCCUCCUUUUCCUUUGGCUUCAGGACUUCAUAUGCCUUAGAUGUUUCUCAAGAGACAGAGAAGUAUGGAGGGAUAAAGGAUUACACAGCACGUCUGUCAUUCCACUAUUGCUGGCCCCCCAGGUGCCCACGUGGAUAUUCUUCUCUGUGCAUGACAUCUUUUAUUUGAUUUUAAAAGAGCUCUACAUUUUUCAGCUAGGAAGGAAUGUUGGAGCCACUUCUGAGCUGCAAUCCGUCAGUCUGCAUUUGCCAUUUUAAAAAAGGAAAGAAAGAAAAGGGUGAUUUAUUUUUUAAAUGUGCGCGCGCGCACAGACACACACACACGGAGAGGGAGAGGGAGAGAGAGAGAGAGAGAGAGAGAGAGAGAGAAAGAGAAUAUCUCUGGCUUUCAUGAACUGUUUUCUUCUUCAAAGAUUUGCAGAUGCAGGUUCAUUUAUGAAUGGGACAGAGGUAUAUUUAAAGCAUAAUAGUAGGCCUGUAUCAAGUUAUAUCUAAUGCUAGGCCUACUGAGGCCCAGUGAAAUUAAUGAGCAUGCCUAACACAGCAUUAUUAAUCCUAUUGGAUCUACUCUCAGUAAAACUUGGUUGAAUACAACCCCAUUAUCUGUGAUGUGAACAUUAUGCUGUUCAUCAGAAUACAGCAAUAUCUACAUACCUACCUACCAGAUAGUUGGGGCCCAUUGGGACUUGUAGGACAGAAAGCAGGGAGGCCAUGGAUGGGCAGAACCAGAGACAAAGGCAGCACCAACUCAUUCCAGUUUUGCCCUCUCCUCUUCUCUGCUGAGUUCUACGAAGGGAACACUGAGGCUAAGGAGAAGGAAGCUGGCCACCAGGAACAGUUCCUGAACUGGUUGUGCUAUGUAUGCAGGCAUUGUAGGCCAAAGCCAGGUUGUAAGUUAAGAAGGCAGGCAAGUGAGGGCAACUGCAAUCAGUGGGCAGUUCCCUGUUGUCUCUACUGGACCAGCCUCCAUUUCUCACCAGCAUCUUCCCUCUGCUAUAAUCUGAAACCAUCAUCUGCAUGGGACACGGGUGGCACUGUGUGUUAAACCACAGAGCCUAGGACUUGCCGAUCAGAAGGUCGGUGGUUCAAAUCCCGGCGACGGGGUGAGCUCCUGUUGCUCAGUCCCAGGUCCUGCCCACCUAGCAGUUCAAAAGCAUGUCAAAGUGCAAGUAAAUAAAUAGGCACCGCUCCGGCGGGAAGGUAAACGGCAUUUCCGUGCGCUGCUCUGGUUUGCCAGAAGCGGCUUAGUCAUGCUGGCCACAUGACCUGGAAGCUGUACGCCAGCUCCCUCGGCCAAUAAAGCGAGAUGAGCGCCGCAACCCCAGAGUCGGUCACGACUGGACCUAAUGGUCAGGAAUCCUUUAUCAUCUGCUUAUGAACAUGUUGGCUUCUUCUAGUUCUUUAUUGGUGUCAAACAUCAUCUCAUCCCCCACCCCAAAGUUUUUUAUUAAUAUUAGAAAAAGCACUGCCAAAUUACUCAGCUUCUUCCCCACUCAAUAAAAGAUGUUUAUGACCCUGUAAAUUCCAGCAUAUCAGAAGCUUAUUAUGUAGAGAGGAAAAGGUCAUUGUAGGGGGGGGGGGAGCAGCAAAGGGGAGGGAGGGAGGAGGUGUAAUUCUGUUGGAAGUUUCUGGCUCUGAUACUUACAGGUCAAGUUGGCUCAAGGGGGAAUAUCUUUUGGAAGUAUCUUGAUAUAGGCUGGUAAUGGGAAAGUGUGCCAGCAAUACUGAGUUUGUUUCAUCAGAUAAAUAUUUAAUAUAGAUGACUGGAGAUGAAGCGAGCACAGAAAAAGAGGUGUGUCCCAUGGGUGAUAUAUACAGUAGAACAUCUACUUACAACUGCCUCCACUUGCGGACGUUCCAAGUUGCGACCAUGGCAAACCUAGAAGUAACCAGUGGGUUUGCCACUGAUCAUGCAUGCGCAGGAGUGGCGAUUGCCGUUCACACCUGCGCAGAAACAGUGAUUGCUGUUUGCGCAUGCACAGAAGUGGGCAAUUGCCACCCACACCUGGUCACAACGGCACCUCUCCCAGUGACCCGUUUUGCCAUAAGGACGGGCCUCCGGAACGGAUUGUGGUCAUGAGUAGAGGUUCCACUGUAAUAGAGCCCUGCUACUGAGGCUCCAAUACUUUGGCCACCUCAUGAGAAGAGAAGACUCCCUGGAAAAGACCCUGAUGUUGGGAAAGAUGGAGGGCACCAGAAGAAGGGGACGGCAGAGGACAAGAUGGUUGGACAGUGUUCUCGAAGCUACCAGCAUGAGUUUGACCAAACUGUGGGAGGCAGUGGAAGACAGGAAUGCCUGGCAUGCUCUGGUCCAUGGGGUCACAAAGAGUCGGACAAGACUAAAUGACUAAACAACAACAACAACAACAACAACAAAGUUCAGGCCAUAGACCCUUCUAGUCCAGCACCCUGUCCUCACAGUGGCCAACCAGAUGCCCGAAUGAGAAGCCUGCAAGCAGAAGCUGAGCACGAAAGCACUCCUGCAAUUUCCAGCAACUGCUAUUCAGAGCCAUGCUGCCUCUGCAGUGUCAUUGUGCCAUGCCAAUAGUGUGUGUAUGGACAAUCUACAGCUAUCACUCUGAGUUUUAUUCUGGAGGCUUAAAUGAGAGAAAGGGGUGCAGGUAACUCCAAGUAGCAGGGAUUUCUGAGUUUGUGCCCCCGACUUUAUUUAUUUAUAAAAGUAUUUCUAUAUGGCCAUAUCAUUAAAAAAAUCAGGGUGGCAUACAAUGUUAAAACAUAAGAAAUCAUUAAAAUAACGUGCAGAUAAUCAUAAUUGUGACUGAUUAAUUUAAAAAGUUAAAGUUUAACAACUGCAAAGGCUUGUCAGCAUAAAAGAGCCUUCAAGAGACUCUGGAAUGCAAAAGCAAAGGUGUCUGCUGACUCUCUCUGCUGGGAGAGUUUUCCCAAAACAUGCAACUGGUGACUCAAAAUGCUCAACUACUAGCUGAGGCCAGCCAGACUUCUGUAACAUGGGAGACAACUAACAGCACUUUUCUGGAUGAUCUCUGACAUCGUGCUGGGAUGAAGGGCUCAGGUGCUCUUUAAUGUAUCCUGGACCCAAGUUGUUUAGGGCUUUGUUUCUCAACACAAAAACCCUGAGCCUGGCUGAUGGCAUAUGGGUAACCAGUUGAAGGCUCUGAGAUUACAUCCGUAAGCUCCUUUAGAACCCUUGGAUGUAACCCCAUUCAGAGUAGACGACACCCCAUCCAUCUGGCCUCAGCCUUGUCAGGAUCAAGCUGCAGUUUAUUGGCUCUUGUCCAGUACAAAUGUGCCAACGACCCCCAAAAUGUUGGCAACCCUGAUCCAGGGGAUACUUGGUGCUGCUUCUUUUAAUCUUACGGCUGGUAGAAAGUGAAAAGAGGGGUUCUAAUAAGUUCAAGGUGCAGGUGGGGAUGAAACUCUAAAUGGCAUAAGAAGAUAAGUUCAUCAGAGGGCUUUGGCAUAGUAGAUGAGCGAGCAACUGCACGUCUCGUUGCUCAGCAAACCCGUAGGCUUUAAAUACAGGAAGCAGCUGCCCUUCCAUGGUGGGAGGCUAAUGAUGGCACUGAGACAUGAAACCAGUGUAGAACAAAAUAGCAGAGUCCUAUGAUCUGCUGUGUGGGUUUAUGAGGCCUUGGAUCUGGUGAAAGCAUUAUGGCACCACUGCAGUAUCACCACUUCAAGGAGAGUCAUGCGAAACCCACAGGAGGAAUCAUUCUAUUUUCCACUCUUCAGGCUGUGAGUGAUGUUAUUUAUGUAACCAAAAUGGCACCACUCAUGACAGUGGUGGUAUCAGCAAGUUAAACAAGGAUCCACUCUUGAAGAACAAGUCCACAUGAUUGACGUUCCUUAACACGCUCACAGCCUUGCACACAGAAACCUAGCAUAUUGGGGAGGAGGGUGUUAGCUUUCCAUGUGACCGAGUAUGCGUGUCUGUGGGUUUGUGAAGGAGCAAGUUGUUCAGUGCAUCGUUCUUCAUAUCAUCAAUGAGCUGGAGGGGCAGGCAGCCUCAGAUAGAGGUUGGGAGGUUGUGUGAUUGGGCACUGAGCAAUGAAGUAAGGGGAUCCUUAGGCUCCUCAAGGGCAAGGCUUUAUGUUCUAAAUUACUGUUUUAAAGUACCAGCUAUGGAGGGUAGUAGAUCAUAAAAAUGGUGGUUGCCAGUACAGUCAGUUAAAAAUAUAGCUGAUUGAAAGUCUUUUGUUUAUAAUAAACUGGGUUCCUCGUUAUAGCUUUGCAGGGUUAGGCUAACGAGGGGAGCUUAUUCAGAUUUCCUGUAUUUUAUUUUUAUUUUACGUUUUAAUUCUGUGCUGUGGCUUCUCCCUGUCUUCCUCCAAAGGGAAAUAUGCACAAGCAAAUAAGCAAAGCAAAACAUUAUGUCAAUUCAGAACUCUCAAUUGGCCACCCUGGAGGUCGUUGACAACUCUGGAUGAUGAGGAUUAAAAUUCUUAUUCACCCUGUCAUACUUCUUUGUUCAAAAUCAGAUGUCCCUACUAAAGUAUCAAGGAUUGGAUCCCGACUUAAGGCUGCAUUCCAACAGUGCAUUAUUCUGUUUUCCUGGCAUUUCCACGUUUUAUGUGAUCUUUCACACAACGUAAAAGCCACUGUCUAGUGGAAGUGCUCAUUUCCAUGUUGUUUCCAGAGGGGGAAAUAUGUAUUUGCAACCCAGAAAAUAAUGGGAGUUUUGUAUUGUAACUUCAUGUGAUGAAAUAUGGACUGGUAUCCUGGCAUACAGUUCUUUCCCACCAUUCAAAAUUUAGUGUGACAUGGUAGUAUAUUGAUUUAAAAAGCCAGUUUCAUAAUGCAACAGGUACUGCAGCUUUAAAAACAACAACAUUAGUAACUGGGGCAGAAGUGCUAGCUUUAUUAGUAAAACUAGUAACCAGGGGAAUGAAGAUAUUCCUGGGCUUGGCUUAGUGUUGCAUGCAAAUGAGGCAAGUGGGAGCCAGAGAGCAUUGAAGCAUUUCCACCACCUCCCUUGCAAGGAACAAAUCCUACAUUCUGAAAUAGUCAGGUGAGGUAGGUCACUUGACAUAGCACAAUCCUUCGUAACAGCCAUGAGAUUGUGAAACUCACUCCUAUGGAGAUGUUUCCUAGACUCCCACAUAAUUAGAAUUUGGGUGAGGAAGUAAAUAAAAAGGUAAAGGUACCCCUGACCGUUAGGUCCCAUCGUGGACGACUCUGGGGUUGCACGCUCAUCUCCCUCUAUAGGCCAAGGGAGCUGGUGUUUGUCCGCAGACAGCUUCUGGGUCAUAUGGCCAGCAUGACUAAGCCGCUUCUGGUGAACCAGAGCAGUGCACAGAAAUGCCGUUUACCUUCCCGCCGGAGCGGUACCUAUUUAUCUACUUGCACUUUGAUGUGCUUUCAAACUGCUAGGUGGGCAGGAGCUGGGACCGAACAACGGGAGCUCACCCCGUCAUGGGGAUUCGAACCGCCAACCUUCUGAUUGGCAAGCCCUAGGCUCUGUGGUUUAGACCACAGCACCACCCACGUCCCUUGAGGAAGUAAAUACCAGUACACAAAUCAUGAAGGGAAAGGAUCCACAAAAUCCACCCAUUGACCCCUAUUUUAGCCAAAUCAUGAUCUUCAUAGUCCGGGGGCGGGGGGAGAGAAUGUGUGGUAAGAAUGUACUUCUGACUUGGACAUUGUCGCCAGCUUUGAUCUGAGUGAACAGGGUUGUUCUUUAUCAAAUACAAGGCAGCCAGAGCAACUGCUGACAUUAGCUGCAGUGUUAGAAAUCGUAACUUUAAGAACUUGUGCUGAGCUUGCUUUUCCCUCUUCUGUCCUCCUCUUUCUUCCUUGUGGGUCAUGUCUUUUUUGAUUGUGAGCCUGAAGGCAGAGAUCAUCUCCAGCACUAGAUUUUGUAAGCUGCAUUGAGACCCUUUUUACUAAAGAGAGGGGGUGUAAAAAUGGUAAAAUAAUAAUAAAUGAAAACUGUAGCUAAAUGCGCCCAGUAUUGCUCUGCUCCCUUUUAAUUAGGGUAAAUAUGCUGCUAUGUGAAAGCACCUUCUGAUUACCAUGGAAUUAAGCCCCACUGAGUUCAGUGAGACUUACUCCCCAGUAAAUGUGCCUAGGCUUGCAGCCUUAGUGAUUUAUUUCUGUUCUAGAGGUCUCUGCUGCUGUUUCUGUUGCUGCCACUGCGGCAGUUUUCUCAUUAUUUGUGGCCUUAUUGGUUUCUGUUUAUUUAUUUUUUAUACGAGUUGUCGUAUUGCCAAUUGAUUGUGCUUUAAAAUUGUUUUAUAUCAAUGAUAGCCACCUUGUAGACCCCUUGUGGGUACUGGCGCGGGGGGGGGGGGGGAUAUAAAUGAUUUAAAAUAAUAAGUAAGUUGAAUGCAGAGACCACACACAAGCUUUGCUUUAAGGCAUAAAACCAAGUGCAGUGUCAGAAUGGAUCUGGCGUAUUAGGGAUCACCAACAGGGUUCCCACAAGCACCAAUGCACCCACUAGUACCUGCUAUGGUACUCCUGAAAGGACUCACUUCGCCACACCUAUCUCUGAUUCACUUAAGAAUGUUGUGGAACAGUUUUACAUCUGAUGCCAAAAAUGCAGCAGGAGGAGGUGGUGGUGAUGGUUGUUUUUUUGUGGAGAGAAGGAGGAGAGAACAGGAGGAUGAGAUGAAAGUUUUGGAAAUGCUGAUCAGGUAGUAAAUUGCUUCUAAGAGGAGAUGGGUUUGGCGUGACCUUCAGCCAGCUCUUAGUAAGUGGAUUAUUCCAGCUCUGUAUUAAAAAAAAGAAAGAAAGAAAUGGGGGGGGGGGAGAGGAGGAUGACGAAAAAACAACCAAACAAGCGUGACAUUGACUCUAGUGUUGUCUGCUCUGACAGCCUGGCCUCCUUUUAUGAGUCAGACCUAAUUAUUUGCUGCUGAGAUGAUUUUAUUGUGCAAGUAAAGUAAGGCAAGAGAAAUCACCUGUCAGGAAGAUGGCCCAGAGCCAGAAUGGGAUCAGACCACUAAAAGUUAGGAGCUGCUCCAUCUUCUUCCCUGCUCCAGCUGCUGCUCAGUGAUGCUGUUAGGGCAGGACUCUGUGGCAGAAGACCAGGGCCCCACUCAGCAGCAUGAGCAGAAGAUGCCCCAAACAGAGAAGGGCUGGCUUGCUGCAUUUUGCCCCAGCAGGACUGUCCCCUUGAUGUUCAUAAGCAUGCCAGAAGCAUCUGGAUUGGCAAUGUGGGAGGCAGAGUGCUGGGCCAGAUUAACAUGUGGGUCUUAUUCAGGAGAGGUCUUCUUAUGUCCCUGAGUGAUAAGCCUGCCUAGAAUGGGAUGCCGUGUAGCAAAUUUCCUAUAGGAUUUCCUGCAUAAGCAGGAGGUUGGGCUAUAUGGCCUUUGAGUUAAUUUUCAACUCAGUGAUUCUACUUAUAGCUAAAUUGUUUAAAUUCAAGCCACACUUCAUGUCUAACAGACACACAUCCAGGAAACUUGGUCAGCAAGUCCCUGACCUUUCUAAGUCAUUGGUCCCUUUUAGAUUUUUGAAUAAGUCUCUUGGGUCACUUCUCCAUUUGAGUCCCCAUUCUCUACGCCAGAUCAGUAGCACAGACAGAAAGAGAGAAAGCACACACACACACCACCCUUCAUCUCAUUUUCCCAUGGGAUCUGGGUAAAAGUUGGAUCCAGCCAAAUUAAUCUUAGCCUUGAAAAGCACAUAAAGCUGAAAGAGGAAGUAGGGAAGGGUGUUGCUCUUCUAUCUUCCUCCUUCAGCUCUAUGCACUUCUUAAGGGAGAAAAGGGAAACAAUGACAAGUGGAGCAGUGAGUGAGUUAAGUGUGUUGUGUUCGUAGGCAGGCUCAGAGACUUCAUACAUGCCUGGAGAAGUUCUCAAGGACACCGUUCUGUCCACAGGCACCACACUGGCAUUCCUUUGUAUGGGCUACAUGCCCAGUUUUCACAAUGUUCUACAUGGAAGUGGCUUUUCAAGUAGGGCAUUUUGUUCUGUGCAAAGGACUCCCUCCAACCCUUCAGGCUUCCUCAUUGUCAGCCUGACUUCUCCUGGUUGCUUCAGAAGCUGAAAGAAAGAAAUCCAGCCACUGCAGUGUUAAAUGCAGUAAAUCACGCAAGUAGGAGGCUGACCCAGCAGCAAAGGAGGCAAUGCUAGGAAUAGAAAAACAUUGACGUGAGCAUGUGUCGAAAAAGCCACCGGCUGACAGAUCAGGCUGUGGGUGGCACAGAGCAGAUGGUACCUCUUGGGUGAUGCUGGGGAAGCUGAAUAAUAAGCAGGGAGGGGUAGCAAUGGGGGCCACGAUGCCAUUCUUCUUAACCCACCUAACUCAACUCAGUAGCAAAAGACAGCCCCCCCCAGGCCCCCCAGAAGAGCUUGUAGUCAAAGAUCUGGCUUCAGCCUAGUUUUCCUGGGGUUUGCAUAUUCCAGUUCUGAAUUUUUCUUUCAACACACUUCUGAUUUUUCUUCAAUUGUUGUGUUUAAUUCCUUUAUUUUUCGUGGUAUCAAGCAACAACCCCCAAGGUUUCACGCUGAUCUAAUUUCUUUCCCCCUUCAUGCCCUCUGGCCUGUGCGGUGGUUGGAAGAUGGAGUAUUUAAUUUUUCUCUGACGGCCUCUCCUUCGUGGACUCGUCACUUAUGUUAGAUGCUCCCGUGCCCUUGGAGUCUCCUGUUCCCCAGAGGGCAAACUCCAUGCCCCCCAGGCUUUGAACUUUAUCCUUCCUCUGCAGCAUUUCCCUCCAGUUCUCUGUCCCCUUGAGGGAGCAUAUUGCUAAUGAGCAUCCCAACAGUCCCUGGUGGCACCCACCAUUCCCCCCUGUUCUUCUUAAAAACCUGUGCAGGCUUUAUUGUGUGCUCAUUAGUGUGGCAGUGCCUUGGGGCAAAGUAUACAUUGCCUUUUGCUGUGACAAGAAACAAGGUCAAAUUCUUGCAACUUCUCUUCUCCUCAGGCAGGUAAGCAGUCCCUGGUGGCUCCAGAAACCAAUGUGUAGAUGCUUCCCCCACCCCAGAUAUUAAAGCUGAGAGACCCAUAACUCUACUCCCUCCAAUCCAGCACUGAUAAGGAUUGUCAGUGCAGAGGAGCCAUAGCUUAGUGCUUAGAACAUAUGUUUUGCAUGAAGAAGACCCCAGUUAAAUUCCUGACAUUUCUAGCUAGGGCUGCCAUAGAAUUGUUGAGUUGAAAGGAACCCCAAGAGUCAUCUAGCCAAGCCCCUCUCAGUCUUCUGUUCUCCAGGCUAGGUAAGGUAAAGGUAAAGGUACCCCUGCCCGUACAGGCCAGUCGUGACCGACUCUGGGGUUGCGCGCCCAUCUCGCUUAAGAGGCCGGGGGCCAGCGCUGUCCGGAGACACUUCCGGGUCACGUGACCACCCCUUGUCUAUCUUUUGUAACCUGGCUGGAUUACCAUUUUCUUGACUCAGCAACCUUUCCCUAGAGCAAGGAAGGGAAAUCUCAUACCUGAUGGAGUGGAACAGAUCCACCCUCUGGGACUCGCUGUCUGGCCCCUGGGGCUUCCUCCAUGCAAUGUGCCUCACCAACCCUGCUUCAUAUGGACAGAUAGGGAUGUGUGAGUGUAGAAGGUAGCUUACUGUGAAAAAGGGAAAAGUUACAUUAUUUGGCUUCCCAUUCUUUUGCCUCUGCCCCCACCCAUCCCUGGCAUGUCUCUGCUGGAAGCUUGCCAAGUAGGGACUGUGGCCCUCAGGCUGGAAAAUCUUCCCUACCCUGAACCUAGAACUAAAUCCAAGCCACGCAGUUCUAGUAUCAGUGGAAAUGGGCAACCCAGCCAUGAUGCAUUAUAAACAUUCAUAGAACUGCAGCACUGUAGAGUUGGAAGGCGCCAGAGGGUCAUCUAGCCCAGCACCCUGCAAUGCGGCAAUAUGCAGCUGUCCCAUAUGGGGAUCAAACCUGUGACCUUGGUUUUAUCAGCACCUUACUCAUCUAACUGAGCUGUAGUGGGGAGGAUGUAGUGGGGAGAUCAUACAUGACAGAGGGCCAUCCAACCUCUGCUUAAAAACCUCCAAGGAAGGAGAGUCCAUCAACUCUCAUGGGAGACCCGUUACACUUUCAAAAAGCUAUUACCAUCAGAAUGUUCUUCCUGAAGUUUAGUCAGAAUCUGCUUUCUUGUAACUUGAAUCCUUUGGUUUGAGUCCCUCCCUCCAAAGCAAGAGAAAACGAGCUUGCUCCAUAUUCCAUGGGACAGCCCUUAAGAUAUUUGAAGAUGACUAUCAUAUCUCCUCUCAGUCUCCUCUUUUCCAGGUUAAAUAUACCCAAUUCCCUCAACCAUUCCUCAUAAGGCUUUGUUUCCGUUCAUUACCCUUUUCCACCUCCUAUGUAAUAAUAUAAGGAAUCAGCAGCUAUCCAGUUUUAACUUGGAUCCUUGUGGCUGUUUAGUUCCUUUUUUGAUUGGCUUCAGAAGGGCCAGGUGUUCCUGACCAUCUUGCUGGAGUACAAAUCAAUGCUAAGGUGGGAUAGUUUCUGGAAACUCCCCACGAAACCUAAUUGCUUCCCCAAACUCCUGCUUCCUUGUUGUUGCACUUAUUUCUGGGCAUGCUGACAAAGCAAAACAGUGAAAUAUUUGCCAUGUCACAAUCAAUUUGCAUUUACUUACUGUGGCAGCAUAUUUUUUAUUUGUAGUCAGAUUUUCCUUGCCAUCCACAGCAAAUGCCCAUCCUUAGGGAAAAGGUUGUAGCUCAUGUGUUGGGCAACCUGCUUUGCAUGCAGAAGGUCCCAGGUUCAGCAUCACUGAGCAGGAUUCAACCAGUGUGCCUUGGCACCAUGGGGUACCUUGAAAGAUGGUCAUGGGUGCUGUGGGAAACACUGGCCUGUCCCUCUUUCCUUCCCUCCUUCUUCUGAUGCCCUCUCAUGUCUCUGCCUUCAAAAGGCUCACACAGCUAUUUUUUGCAGCAGCCCUGGCUACAAGCUGCACAGGCAAACGGUACCUCUGCAGCUGGCCAGGGGGUGCUGGUUGCCAGGAGCUGAGGCGGUCUCGGAGUAAGCAAGCAAGCAGGCGAGAGAGCCCAGCCUGCCAAUCCCCCAGCCCUUGCUGCUGGGAAUGGACAGACAAGUCCAGGGGUAGCAGCAGCAGCUACCCGGAGGACUCCCAAGGAGAGGAGGCUGAGUGGGUGUUCAAAAAAGGGUGAGGGGCUGCCAGCUCUGCAGGCAAGGGAUGACAUAACUGGGUUCCUGAGCCCCACAGGGGAGCUGCAGAAAAAAUGUAGUUGGUCAAAAAGGUCGAAAGCUUCUGCUCUAGAUGGACAGAAGGUACGGCUCGGUAAAAUGUAUUUCCCUAUGUUUAUAUGUAACAGAAAGAAAAAGUGUGCUAUUUUAUGCCUCUAGGGUAAAUUGAAGUGGCUACUUUUUUCCCAGCACCCAAAGGAAGAACCACAUGAAUUUAGGCGGGUUAUUUUUUCCUUUUUGAGGGAGUGGAGGGGGAGCAGAGGAGGAGUGGUACUGGGAAAUGAAAACAACUGGGGAAGGGCAGAGAAGGGCCAGUGUGCAUUUUUGGGAAGUGGGAAGCUUUAUCUCAGAUGCUGAAGUUUUGAAAGAGAAAAUUAAAAUAUUUUCUGUGAAGUCAAACAGAUUGACUUUCAUGGAAUCAUCAUUCAAAUUAACAUGCAUUGUCAGAAGUGUGCAGCCUUGUUUAGAUUUCCUGUGUUCAUUUUGUUUAAAAUUUGUAUGUGGAAUUGACUUUACUUCACUGGAGUGGUCUAAUCAGAGGAAAGAGGGACUCAACUGGCUUUUGGGGUGCUGGGUAGGGGCUCGCUCACUUCCUUUUAGGAAAAUAUAUAAGUUUGUGUUCAUUGUUAGUGCUUCUGAAAGUGGACCCAAUGAAAUUAAUAGAAGUAAAUUGAUCAUGUAUAUUGAUUUCAAAGGGUGUUUUCCUAGUAGGACUAACAGAUACAACCCACAGUACUUAACACACCUGUCUGCAGCACAUGUAUGAAUGGAUGCUAUUAUUCCUUUGUUAGGGGCAGAACACACGCAUAUAUAAAAUGUAGCCUUGUAUCUUUUUGAAUUAUUAUUGACACCAAAGCACAUAGCUGAAGUACUGGGAGCAGGGAGAUGGCAGUGAACUGUGAUUUGAACAGGCAUUUCAAGCGACACUGAUUAUUUUUAUAUACAGUUUGUAAUGGUUGAUUCAACAUUAAUCUUCCCAAAUAUUUUAACUUCUCUAAAAAUAAAUCUGUCAGUUUAGAUAAUAGGCAGAGAGGAUAGAAUAUGGAACUCAGUCUAGAUGGGCAACAAGCCAUUGUGUCACUGAAGGGCUUUGGGCAAGUGGCCACUCUAAAAAUGAGGAUAACUAAGACCUACUUGACAGGGUUGUCAUUAGGAGAAAGACAAAUGAAAAAGUGAUGUUGCCCACUCUGUGCCUUGGGAUACCAUCUAUAGAUUAGUUCACUUGUCCGUCUUCAUUCAGAGGACUCAGGAAGGUAUGACCUUCUUGCAAAACUUGGGAUUCGCUGCUGCAGAAUAAGGGCACUGGGAUUCAUAUCACUAUCAUGGACUUUAUGUGAAUUCCCUUGUGACGCCUGCCUAUUGCCAGUGGUUAAGUUGUCAAAAUCCGUAUGGGUCUGGUUCAGGAUACAAUUUGCCCAGCUUGCAAAUGUUUUGGGGUAUCACAAAUCUAAUGUUGUUUCCUUGGAAAGUUCUUGUCCAACCUAUAGUCUGGAAUGAGAUUUUGUUCAUCUGUGACCAGUCAGUUCACCCAUGAAACACUAAUCAAUACUCAGACAGAGCUGUACAAACAAACUUGAAAGCUGUUUCUCAAAGAUUGUGAAAUGGUAUAGUCCAUGGAUAGGGAACCUAUGGUCCUCCAUAUAUAUAUUUUUUUUGGGGGGGGGGUUGUAGCCAACUUUAUUCUACUCUACCAUUGAAACUACAGGGCCUAAGUUAAUCAUGUCCAUAAUUUUCAGUGUGUCUCGACUCCAACCCCCAUCAUCCAUAACCAUUGGCUAUGCUGGCUAGUGGCUGAUGGGUGUUGGAGUCCAACAACAUUUGGAGAACUGCUGGUUCCUUGGAUCAAGUGUAGUCCCUGAAAUACAGGCACAGAGCACUGCUCAGAAAACUCACAUUCCUUGGUUGAAAAAUCCUAGAUUCAUCCUCUCACCCCUUGCGCAAUGUUCAGUUUAAUUCUGUCAAGUGAAUGGUUUCCUCCACAUCUAGGGGAUGUCUAGUUCUUACUAUGGGAUGAAUCAAUACAUAUCAAAAUAAUAUAUUUCCUUCUCCUCUCCUCCUCUCCUUCUUUUGCCUCCCCUUUCUCCAGCCCUCAAACCUUUUAGCUCUAGCCCUGGAAAUGUGCCUGUGUAUCUCUCCAGUGGCGUAAGAUGUGGUGAAGUUGCACAAUAUUUCCCCUUUGUGUUCCUCCACAAGCUAUUUCCCCAGUGGUCUGCCUUUCCUGCCUGGACUUGGAACCUCACCUUUGUUGUGUUCCUGUGUUGUCGCUUAGGGAAUUUGCCCGUUGGAAGGUGAGGAACACAGCCAUCGAGCGGAGAGACCUGCUCCGCAAUCCCGUCCCCCUGAUGCCUGAGUUCCAGAGGAGCAUCCGCCUGCUGGGCAGGAGGCCCACGACACAGCAGUUCAUUGAUACCAUCAUCAAAAAGUACGGCACACACAUACUCAUCUCUGCUACUUUGGGAGGUAGGUGGCAGUGAGGUUUGUACCUUUCCCACAAGGGUUUGGGGUAGGGGGUUGGUGAGUAAGGAUGGGGGAGGAUAUUGGUUGUGUUUGCAUUCCAAAGUGAACUUAGCUGAUUUUGCAUUUCCUCAACAUAUGCACAAAACAAAACACAGGUAUCCUAAGAAAUUCACACUCUUCCAGGCUUUGCAGCUCAGUUUUCCAACCAAAUGAUGUGUCUAUUAAAGGAAAGUGUGUAUAAUUAGUGAAAAUAACAAACAGAAAGGAAUGUUACCAGCAAAAAAAGAAGAAAAUUUAUAUAGUAGUCAAAACUUUAUACACAGUGUCCAUAAGCAGGGAAAACUGCACUUAUGAUUAAUUUUUAUGAGAAUACUGUUGUUUGUUUGUUUGUUUGUUUGUUUUUUAAAAAAACACAUAUUCAAGGGUGAGGGACCCACUGAGUUGGUCUGCCCUAGAAGACUGGUGGAAUCCUGAAUGCUCUGGGGGAUUUUUCAGCCGACAUGGCUGACACUCUUGUUGAGUCUCUUGUCUCACUGUGGAAUGGUGAAAUGUGUGGAGUCAUUGACACAAUUGCUCCUGAGUGCACUCAUCAUUGCUUUGGAGCACAUGGGUCUCCUUGAUAUUCCUGUGACCUGCAUGCCAUGAAGCAGGAGGGUUGGUAGUAGAGUGCAGGUGGUAUAGGACCCUGUCUAAACCUGACAAACAUGAGUGAGGCUGCUUCACCGUGUCUACCACGUGGCAGUGUUGGCAGCAAAGCAAGCCUACUUCUCUGUCACCAUUGCAUCCCCAAUUAGCUGUCUUUGUCACCCUUGUUAGUGACAUUUAUUGAGAGAGAGAGAGAGAGAGAGAGAGAGGUGAGAGUAUAACCCUGCUCAUUCUCAAUUUCUCAAUGGCUUUUGAUGUUGUUGACCACAGUAUCCUUCUGGAGCAUCUCAGGGAGGUGGGUGUUGGGGUCACUGUGCUUCUUCUUCCACUCCCAGGGCCAUUUGCAGCAAGCAGUUAUAGGAGGCUUCUGCUCAGCACCAUGGGAAUUCUGCAGUGUCCUACAAGGCUUUUCAUUUAGAGAAAAUGUGGGUUAGAAGUGACAUGCUAGACGUUUUUUAAAAUUAUGCAUGGCAUGGAGAAAGUGGGCAGAGAAAAGUUUUUCUGCUUCUCUUAUAACACUGGAUUCUGGAAGAUUCAGGACAAGCAGAAAGAAAGUACUUCAUCACUCAGAGCAUAGUUAAACUAUGGAACUCACUCCUGCAGGAGAUAGUGGUAGCCACCAACUCAAAUGGCUUUAAAAGAGAUUAGAUGGAUUCAUGGAGGAGAAGGCUAUUGAGUGAUGUGCUGCUUUGCUGAGAGAUAUUGAUACUUCUGAAUACCAGUUCCUGCAAACCACAGAAGAGGAAAGGACCCUUGUGCUCAAGUCCUGCUUAUUGACUUCCCACAGGCAUUUGUGUGGUCAUUGUGGGAACAAUAUGCUUCACUAGGUGACCUGAUCAAGCAGGUUGUUCUUAUGUUCUUAAGUGGUUUGUCUCACUCCAGCCAACUCAUCCUGUGCAUAUCUACUCAGAAGUAAACUCUGUUGAGUUCAAUGGGACUUUCUUCCAGGUAAACAUGUAUAACAAGGCUGGGGAACCUUGCUUAGACUGAGGGCCAUAUUCACAUAUGUGCAGCCUUUUGAGGAGCCCUCAUGCUGCUGUUGGCAAGGGCCAGAGGCAGAAACAAGCAGAACAAUGAAUCUGACUCUUAACUUUGAACACGAAGUUAUAUUCCAGCCAUGCAAAACCCAGAGGUUUCUUCACACAUAGAAACACCCCUCUCCAUUCAUGCAAGCAAGAGGCACUAUUGCAGCACAAGGGCACAUUCCAGCCAUGCAAAAGCACUCAAGGGUGUGCCCUGUGGGAAGCAGGUGUGGCCUGUGGAGAGUCCUGAGGGGUAAACAGAGAAGCCUGAGGUUCCCUAUCCCUAUUGUUUAGAUUGUUGCUUCAGGCUUCAAUUCAGUUCACACUUGCCUGAGAUUAAACUGCAUUGAACACAGUGGCACUUUUCUGAACAAACAAGCAGAUGAUCUGACUGCGUGCCUUGAAUUUACAUGAGGAGGGACUAGGGUUUGCUUCUUCAUUUCACCUCCUACAACCAGCCAAUUUUCUUUCCUUUUCCUUUUUUUCUUUCUUUCUUUUUAUCUCCCUGGAAAUUCCAAAUAACACAGACCUUUUGACGGUGAAAUAUAUUUUUAAUUUUGUUCAGGCGCGAUGGUGAAUUAUUCACCUUGGCUUGUUCGUGCUCCUGAUUUUAUGACACAACACUUUAAAAUAUGCACAGGCUUGUAACGAGAGCUGGCGAUGGACAACGGAGCUAAGCGUUCCAUCAGCCCCCAGCACAGAGCGCAUGGGGAGGGAGAGCCGCCAGGGAAAGGCGCAAGAGGAAUGAAAGAUUCGUCUUGAUGGCAGUAAAGAGGAGGAUGAGGCAAAGGGACCCUCUGGGGAGCAUGCAUUGUUUAUGAGCAGAAGUAUUUUCCUAUUUGGAGACUUCAGGUUCACACACACACAUACACACACACACACACACACUUCCCCGAUUCAACCAGAAUAUUCAUACAACCUAUCAUCUCUUGACAUUUGAUAGCUCCUCUUUCUCAUUGGGAUAAUGCAGACAAUGUACUUACCCCAAAAGAGCUUGAAAACCACAACACUGGAAGGCAUUCCAGUGCCAGCUUCUUAGUGCUGAUGGGUACUAAUGAAGCCCUAAGUGUGCACAUUAUUCUUUCUUUCUCAAGUCAUAAGUCUUGUGCCAUCCUUUGUUAGGGUGUAACAUGGGGAGUUGCGUGGUUGAGUGCUCCUCUGUGUCUCAUUGCCCUCGUUGGUGUACGGAACAUUGUGCUAUGCUGGUGCUGUGCUCAGACCAGGGAGAUCCAGGUUCACGUCCCCGCUUGGCUGGGGAGCUCACUGGUUGACCUUGAACCACUCAGCCUAACCUACUUCAUAGGGUCGUUCUGAGGAUAAAAUAGGGGUUGAGCCAUGUAUGCCAUCUUGGAUGAAAGGUUGGAUAUAAUGUGAUGAAUAAAGAAACUCUUGGAAAUUGAAAACCAUUUGCCCAUGAUAAAGGUUCACACCUAGCAUGUUCACUGACCUAUUGGCUUUCUAUGUACAGAGUGGGGGUUUUGGGGGGCGGGGGUGGGGGCGGGGGGGUGUUGUUUGGGAUGUUGGAAUAUACUCAGUGAGUAAUUAUUUUUUGUAAACACUAUAUAGCCCCAACGUAAUAUUACUGUUCAUCAUGUCAAAGAGAAGUGCAGACUUUGAACACUUUUACCCAACAUGAAACUUUUCUGUGUGGAUUCUUUUGUUGUGUGUGUGGAGGGGUGAGGGGGGUGGAUUUGGAAGAGCAUAGCAUCAUAGAAAUCCUCACCUGCAUGCAACCACAUGUUGUAUGAUGCAACCACACUUGGAAAACCGAAUACACUUUUGUUCACCACUGGAGUACAAUAUUACAACUGAUCAAAUGAUUGGAGCAACUCUCUUAUGAAUAAAUGUUAUGACAUUUGGGGCAUUUUAGCUCAGAAGAAAGUGAUUAAGGUGGGGAGACAUGUAUAAAGAUGAAGGGAGGGAAACUGGUGUAUAAAGUUUGCAUGGGGUGGAGAAAGUGGAUAGGCGUAGAGGAUUUUCUCCCUUUCACAUAAUGCUAGAAACAAAGUCAUCCAAUGAAGUGGAAUAGUAAAAGAACAAGGCAGGUAAAAGGAAGUACUUAUUUGCACACCUUAAAGCAAAUCCCAUAGUACAGUUUUAAAAGGGGAUUAAACAAAUUCACAAAUUCAGUGGCUACUAGCAAUGAUGACUAUACAGUGUCUUCAUGUUUCUGAGUACUGGGUGCUGAGAAUUUCAAGAGGGAUGCAACCGUUGUGCUUGUGUCCUGCUUGGGGGGCUUCCCAAAGGCAUCUGGCUGUCCACUGUGGGAACAGAGUGCUGGGCUAGAUAGGAUGUGGUGAGGAACAGGAGCCAAAUACAGCCCUCUAAGCCUUUCUGUCUGUUCUUUGGGACUUCCCCAGUCCACACCCCCUUUUCCUAGGCCACACUGGCCUCCAGCCCUGCUUUGUAGCCUUCUUGAAAAUUUUCCCCUGCCUGGGAUGUGUUCUUGCUUGUCGGGGUGGGGUGGGGGUGGGGGGAGGAGAGAGAGAACUAGCCAAAUGUAGGUGCAUUAUUUGUUCCACCUACUUUUUGUCUAUGGUCCCACCCACCACUGUCAGGAAGCUUGCCCUGGAGGAAAUGUGGGCCUUGGGCUGAAAAAGGUCACCACAUCUGAGACAGACCUUGGGUCUGAUCCAACAGAGAUCAUCUAGUGUUCUUAGGUGCUACUGAAAAGACAGUCUCCUCAGAGAUAAGAACUAAGCCUCUAAGUUCUACAGUGAGUAAUCUCUCACUGUUUUGCUGCCUUUGCAUCAAAAUGGUGUCCACAGUUGCGACCAAAACAGUAACAUUCAGGUGGAAGAGGGUAGUAUCUUCUGACUAGUGGAAAUACCAAGAUUUGCAAAAGUACAAAUGUAGGAACAAAAGAAGCGGCCAUGUGAGUCAUACCAUUGGUCCAUCUAGCUUGGUAUUGUCUACACUGACUGACAGAGGCUCUCUAAGAUUUCAGUCCAGCCCUUCUUAGAGAUGCUGAUGCUCUACCACUGAGCUCAACCUGGAGGUGAGUUCUACCUCAGAUCUAAUUUUUCACACUGAGGAUCACUGAGGACCUGCAGAUCAACACACCAUUACCUAUGACUGACAUCUCAUCUCUCUGAAACUCAUCAGUGAAAUAGCUUGCCCUAAACUGGUUUCUGAAGCAGGGAGUCAUCUGUCUAUCUUGAUAACCAGAUAAAAUUGGGGUGGGGAGGCAGAAUGCAAAAGUGAUACACUUUCAAGAAGAAGAAGAAGAGUUUGGAUUUGAUAUUCCGCCUUUCACUCCCUUUAAGGAGUCUCAAAGCGGCUAACAUUCUCCUUUCCCUUCCUCCCCCACAACAAACACUCUGUGAGGUGAGUGGAGCUGAGAGACUUCAAAGAAGUGUGACUAGCCCAAGGUCACCCAGCAGCUGCAUGUGGAGGAGCGGAGACGCGAACCCGUUUCUCCAGAUUAUGAGACUACCGCUCUUAAUCACUACACCACACUGGCUCUACACCACAAGAGCACUUUUGCCCAUUCUGAUAUGCUUCAGACAUUGUUGGACUCUAAGCAGCCACAGGAAGCAUGGUCAACGGUCAGGGAUCAUAGAAUCUUAGAGUUGGAAGGUACCCCAAGGGACAUCUAGUCCAACCCCUACAAUGCAAGAAUUUCAGCUAAAGAGUCCAUGACAGAUGGCCAUCUAUCCUCUCUUUAAAAACCUCCAAGGAAAGAGAAUCCAUCACCUCUCAUAGGAGUCUGUGCCACUGCUGAACAGCUCUUACUGUCAGAAAGUUUUUCCAAAUGUUUAGAUGGAAUCCCAUUUUUUGAAACUUGAAGCCAUUGGUUCAAGUCCUACCCUCCAGAGCAGGAGAAAGCAAGCUCUCUCCUCCAUGUGACAGCCCUUAAUAUAGUUGAAGGUGGCUAUCAUAUCUCCUCUCAGUCUCCUCUUUUCCAGGUAACAUACUCAGCUCCUUCAAGCACUCCUCGUAAGGCUUAGUUUCCAAAUCCUUGAUCAUCUUGGUUGCCCUCCUCUGCACCCACUCCAACUUGUCAACAUCCUUCUUAAAUUGUGGUGCCCAGAAUUGAACACAGUAUUCCAGGUGUGGUCUGACUAAGGCAGAAUAGGAUGAUAGUUGUAGUUGAAGAAUAGCACAGCUUCCCCUUCUCUGUCUUAUAUGUUCACAUUCUCCAUAUCAGGAUUCCAACACCUCAUUCUGUUACAUGAGUAGACCAGAUGCCUAUACAAGUCUAACAGCUCUAGGUUAGAUUACUGCAACAUGUUGCAUGUAGGACUGCCUCUGAAGACUGUCCAGAAACUUGAGAUGGUGCAGAAUUCAGCAGCCUGGUUGCUCGCCAGGACAAGAAAGAACAUACAAAUCCAAUCCUGGCCUGACAGCAGUGUCUGCUAAUUAGGUUCCAGGCCCAAUUCAAAGUGCUGGUUUUGAGGUCAAAACCAUAAACCUUAAACAGCUCAGGACCACAAUACCUCAAGGACCACCUCUCCCCAACCUGGACCCUCCAAUCAUCAUCAGAGGCCCUUCUUCGUGUGCUUCCUCUGCAUGAGGUCUGGAGAGCACAACAUUAGAACAGGCCUUUUCUGUGGUGGCUACCGGUUUGUGGAAUGUUCUCCCCAGGGAGGCUCACCUGGCAUCUAAAGUUAUGUAAUAUUCUUUUCCCCCCAGACCUUUGGCUAACUAAAUAAUCUAGGACCUUUAAACUAUGGGCAGAGGCAGGGGGGUAUAUUGUUAUUGUUCGUUACUAUGGUAUGGUAUUUGGGGGGGGGGUAUUGUAAAUUGCCCUGUGAUUUUCAGAUGAAGGGCUUUAUAGAAAUUUAAUAAAUAAUAAUAAUAUUUAUGCUGAUGAUGACGUCAGUUCUCAAGAGAAUGUAUGGAGUGCCAGCACUGGACAUCUUCUGUUUGGGCUGAUAUGAGCUGAGAUAAGCCUCCAGUGUUUGAUCUGUGACAGCAUCUUUGUGUAUGCAUGUCAUAACUUGAUGGUAAGCCUGGUUCUCCUGGUCUUCUGGUGGGGCUCAAACCUAAUCAGAAAAUCAAGGAAUGUAGAAAUGUGCACAGCCAUGGUCUUAUCCUCUGUUGCCAUCUGCUUAACACCUGAGUUCUGGAAACACCUAGAGUCCAGUCCCUGAUGUAGACCAAUGGACUAAAUUAGAGAUUGUGUUAAUUGUGUGGAUGCAAUUAAUGUGCUUUUUUCUUUCCUUGUGCAGAUAGUGGCUGAGGGGAAGCCUGAGCAACCACAGGACCAUGGAUGUGUGUGUGUGGAGGGUCAUUUUUCAGCCAAAAUAAGACUCCCUUAGUAGCUUAGAAGAAUCUGUAAUAACAUGGUUGCAGCAUUUAGGCUCAUGCUCUAAAAGACAUGACAGAAAAGGAAGGGGAGAUUGGGAGGGAGAAGGAAAAACAACCUCACUAAGAUCUCUUCCAGCCUGUUGCUAUUUUCAAGUGGGAUUUAAUCACAAAAUGGGAUUUAAUCACAAAGCCGAAUUGCACAAUUAUAGGUGAUUGGAAGGUCUUGUGCAACAACCAUACUUUUUCGAAAGAUUAGACUUCUGGGGAUAAGGAGAGCGGCUGGAAAAUGCACUGAGAAGUGUGGGACAACACUUGCUUUGAUGCAACAUCAUCCAACCUCCCUGUAUACAGAUAAGAAAGAAAAGUAAUUAAAUCGCCAACACCAUCUAAUCUCCUUGAAUGGAUGAAAGUUCAAUAAACAGGACACCUGGAAGCAUCUUAAAACACUAGCUCUUAAUUGCAGAAGUCUUCGAAUUGUUCUUUAAGUUCCAUGGUCAUGGCAAAUAUCACCUCUCUGAGGCUGCUACUUGCAUAUCAAGGAAACCUCUUUAUUGGCAGCAACAAAGGCUUCCCAGAAGCGGAAAGUGUGCAACAAGAUUAGGGAGGUCUCAUUUGUUGCAGCAUGUCUGGCCCUCCCAGCCUAAUUCUGAUCUGUCCCAGUGCCAAUCCCUUUGUCCCAGUGCCAGUAAAAGGCCCUGUCCUCUUUUUGUUUCUGUACAAAAGAAGAAGUAGAAGUAAAGAGAGAAUGUGCUAGGCAGUUCCUUGGAAAUUCAUCUGCUUGAGGAUGGAGUGGGCAGAGCUGAAAGCUAAUUUUCAGGGAAUGCCCUGAAGGGAAGAUGACUUUGAACACUGCGUCUGCUUAAUAAAUGAGAAAUUAGGACUUAAUAAUGCAGAAAAAAUCUAUUAACCCUUCUUGAUUACUGUUGCUGGCUCUUUCCAGGGAGGUGAUGUGUUGCUCUUUUCCUCCCUUCCUCGAACAUAUCCACCCAUGCUUUUUGCAGGUGAAAAUGGGCAUGCUCACAAUUGUGACACCACUUCUUUCAUCUCAGUGACCGCUACUCCAUAGUACCUCUGUGCAUGUCGCCUCCCCCCAAUUUGAUUUAGGACCUGAUUUGGUGUUUCAGAGCAGCCCUGAUCUGACCUGGGAUGGUUUGGGGUACACUUGGCAUCAGAACUGUAUGAGCAAAUAGGCAUGCAUAUGUAUAACUUAAGUUUGGGAAAAAUCUCUCUCUGUGUGUGUUUGAGUGUGUGUGUAUUGCCAAGACAACACUCCUAGCCCUAAUUGUGCUAUUGUUCUGCAAACACUGCGUCAAUGUUGUCAAGCACAUAUAAGUACUAGAAGCCUUUACUUUUUAAAUAGAAGCAGAGAUCCUCCAUGUGUCCUUCAUCAGGUUUCACAAAAUCCCAUACACUUUCCACAUCACCCUAGAUUCUUCCUAGUGUUCCAAACGAUGCUUUUGUUGCUUAUGGUUUAAAACAACAUCGAUGAAGAGAAUGUAAAAUGGCAGAUUUGCACUGAGAUGUGAAGCUUUCCUUAUGGUUCUUUUUCAUACUUUGGUUGUCAGUGAUGUGGUAACACUUUUACACUUUCUCCUUAUCAUCACCGUGAUUCUUCUCCUUCUCACAAACCUCUUCCUUCUCCUUCCUCCUCCUUUCUUAUUCCUCCUCCUCCUCCUUCCUCCCCCUCCUCUUCCUCUUCCUCGCAUUCAUGCUUUCUUCUUUUCCCUGCUAGGAGAGGAGGCUUUGACCAUGUACAUGGAUAAAAGCCGACUCGAUCGAAAGUCGAGCAAUGCCUCUCAAAGUGUCGAGUCCCUUCACCAGCUCGCCUCCUCCUAUUUCUUGGACCGGGAUGGAACUAUGAGGCGCCUUCAUGAGAUCCAGAUCUCUACCGGAGCAAUCAAGGUAUGGCUUUGGUUGCAUGUGUUCACUGAGCCUGAGGAAACUGGAUUUAAAGAGAGUGAGGGUACUGAUGUUGUGAUGGAAAGGGACAGCAUCACAACAUUUAGGAGGCAUUUUGUUGCAGGUAAGGAUUGGGGAGAAUUUUGAUUUUCUUUUCCUCAAACGAUAAAUGAUUUUAAACACAUACAUCCUUUGAAAUUCUUUCUUCUCUUAAAUUUGUGGUGCACUUCCCUAACUAAAUAAUGUGUGCAAAAAAUGUAUUAACAAUUAGAAAGUGUGCAUAUACAUUAUAAUUUGAAUACAAGGAGAAAUGUGCAUGACUUUUAUUAAUUAAAUUUAUAUACCACCCUUUAUCCAAAGAUCACAGGGCAGUUUACUGUAUAGAAACACAAAAUAUAUAAAACAACCACCGCAGCAGCAACAAAACAACCCCCCCCCCCGAAACAUUUUAAAAGCCAUAGAUUAUUUAAUUAGCCAAAGGCCUGGGAGAAGUGGAAUAUUACAUAACUUUAGAUGCCAGGUGAGCCCCCCCUAGGGACAGCAUUCCACAAAGUGGAAGCCACCACAGAAAAGGUUUGUUCUCAUGUUGUCACCCUCUCGUGGAGGAUGCAUUAAGAAGUAGGGCUUUAGAUAAUGUACAGGGUCCAAGUCAGUACAUGUUAUGUUGCUGAUGAAAUGUCAUGAGGACUUUUCAUAUACAAAGAAUUGGGAAUUGGUGCAGAAAUGUAAAUAGCUGAACUUGAGAUUGGAAAAAUGAGAAAUUGAGAGAAAGGGUUUAUUGUGCAUAAUAAACAAAAAAGGCAGUGCUGCCCAAUGAAAGUGUUAGGAGGAGCAGGGUGGAAGAUGCCCACUCCUUUGGACAUAAGGUGUUGCUGCUGGUGGUGAUGUGUUUGUUCCAAAUGCUGUUCUUCCAAAGGGUUGCUGUGCAGGUCCAAAACAUUUGGAAGGAGUAAGUAGCAGUCUUGAGAAGCUCCACCACCACCACAGGCAAGGCAAAAAUAAAAAUAAGGAAAAAAGGAACUGUUGCCACUAUCACCACCAAUUAGAACACAACACCCAUUUUCUUUUCUUUCUCUUUUUAAAGCACUUUGCUUCCUCCCAAAAAUCAGCCCCUGCAGAUACAGGUGCCCAAACCCACAAAAGUUAAGCCAACAGUUUUCUUCUCAGAAGGAAACAAAGCCUUAAUGAGGAAUGGUUUUGGAGCUGGGUAUGUAUAGGCUGGAGGAGAGGAGAUUGAGAGGGGAUAUGAUAGUCAUCUUCAAAUAUCUGAAGGGCUGUCACACUGAAGAUGGAGUAGGCUUGUUUUCUCUUGCUCCAGAAGGUACGACUCAGACCAAUGGAUUCAAAUGAUGGGAAAGGAAAUUCUAACUAUACAUUAGGAAGAACUGGCUGACAGUAAGAGCUGCUCAGCAGUGGAAUGGACUACCUCAGAAAAUGAUGGGAUCUUAUUUAUUGGACGUUUUGAAACAGAGGUUGGAUGGCCAUCUGCCAGGAAUUCAGAUGUGAUGACUGCAUUUCAGGGGGUUGGACUAGAUGUCACUUGGGGAUCCCAGCCACACUUUUAGCCUUUUUAAAAAAUGUGCUGUAAUGCAUACCCUUGAGUACCCCCAGAAAAAAACCCCACUGGCUGUUGCCCAUAGGGUAUGGAAGAGCAGAAGGCAGGAAGGCCAACUGUUGGUGGAACCAGAGUCACUGAUAGACAGAGCCAACUAAUUCAACUUUUGUCCCCAUCCUCAUUCUUGCUGAGUUCCACAAGGGAUUUAGGAGGACAAGGAGGGGCCACCCUACCCCCUGGUUUGGUUGUAAGCAGGCAGGCAGGCGUGGACUAGUUGGCAGUGCCCUAUCUGCCCUAACGAACCAGCCCCUGCAGCUUCGGAGUAUGUCAAGUUCAGCUCUAGCCAACACCUCACAAAACCCAACCAGGCAAAUCACCACAGAAGCUGCUGAAGCGAUAGGAGGUGGAGAGGAGCAUCUUUGCACAGAGAGAGAGAGAGAGAGAGAGAGAGAGAGAGAGAGAGAGAGAGAGAGGAGCUCACACAAUGGUAACUGUUGUUUCUGUCCAGCCUUUUAUGCUGCACAAUUUAGCUUGGAAGUCUUUUCACAGGCUCUCAGGUGUAUCAGCAACAAGAGCUGACAAUAGGACCGGACAAUACUUUUCCAGAUACAGGUGGUCAGGGAUGCAGAACAAGGCAUGGGAGAGUAGCAGCGGAGGGGCACUGACAAAAGAAGCAGAAAUGGGCCUUCAGACAAAGACCUUUUCAAUCUGUGAAAGCAAUCUACUGAUACCGGAUGAAUGGAGCGGGGGGCGGGGAGAAAAAAAGUCACAUUCCCCAAGCAAAGGUAUAAUUAAGCUAUUACAGGCUGCAAUCCCCGCCCCCCCCCAAAAAAAACACCUCCCAACACUGGAAGUUACUUUGCAAUUUUAUUGCAUUUAUAUCCUACCUUUUCUCUGAGAAGUUCAAGGUGGUGCACAUGGUUCUCUACCUUCUCAUUUAUUCCCCAAAACAACCCUGUGAGCAUCCCAACCCACACCCAGACCAACCCAUACCUGGACCAACAAGGACAAGUGACUGGGUUUUAAUUCUUUGUUGGCAAAGCACUCAGUUACAUUGGCUCCCAACAUGCAAGUGCUAUACAACACUCUCCACUAGCUAGCUGCCUAGGCAAACUUUGAGGGUUCCUCCUCAACAGCUGUUCAGACUACUCUCAUCACUUUAAGCUCCUCCUCAAGUGUGGAAGCAAUGGGGAAGAGGAAUUCCCCUGGGGAUUCUGGAAACAUGACCCCCUCAUGGAGAAAUUCAUGGUGUGUGGAAAGUGGACAGAAAUUUUUUUCCCCUCCCUCCCAUAUAACAUGAGCUGAAUGAAUUUUGUGAAAUUUAGGAAGGACUCUUAAACGAAAGAACUUUACAGAGGGCAGAGUUAAAUUGUGGUUCUCUCUCCUACACGUGGCAGUGAGGGCCACCAACUUGGAAGGCUUUAAAAGAAGAUAAGGCAAAUUCUUUGAGUAAAAAAAAAAUAUUGAUGGGUACAAGCCACCAUGGCAAGGCUCUCCCUUCACAACUGGAGGCACUAAAUGUCUCUGAAUACCAGUUUCUUGGAAUCACAAAUGCAGAGACAACUCUUAUCCUCAAGUAAUACAUGAGGACUUUCAUUAGAUAUGCAUUUGGCCAUCAUGAGAACAGAGUGGUAGACCAUAUGGGCCUUUUGUUCUGAUCCAACAGGCUCUACUUGCAUACCAUUCCCUAGUUUUUACAUACUGUUGGCAAAGGAAAUGAUUUUGCUUGCUUUCUUUUUAAAAUCUCUGCUGCUUUAGGUAACCGAAACACGGACAGGCCCAUUGGGCUGUAACAGUUACGACAAUCUGGACUCUGUGAGUUCUGUCCUUCUGCAAAGCGCUGAGAGCAAACUCCACUUACAAGGUAAGGGGAGAAAGGAGUUGGACUUACUGGCGUCAGUAUCUGAUCUCCAUUCCAUUCCCUGUCUGGGAUGUUCCACGACCUUUUCCUGAAGUUUUGUAGCAUUGAAUGAAAAUUCCCCACCCUGAAUUCACUGCCCUGUUCACAUGGAGUAAAAGGGCAAUUUCAGUGAUAUUUUUGAAGGUAUUCACCACAUUUUUCAGGGGGGACUUAGGUGGAAAAGCUGUGAUUUUUUUUGUUUCUUUUUUAAAACUUUGACUGCAUAUACCCUAUACAUUUAAGGCACCCCUUUAAAAAACAGUUCACAGGAACUGUAAUUUGCCAAGGGUGCUGGGAAUUGUGGCUUUGAGUGGUAAACUAUAGUUCCCACUAUAGUUCUCGGGUAUGUGUAUUUCAAAUGUAUGGUGCUUAUGCAACCUUUGUUUUGCUUCUGCCCCCCCCCCCCAACACUGGCCUUCAGAACAAUACUACUUCAUCAUACACCCUACUCACACAUUCUGUGAACCCAAUUAAUCUGAACUAGGAACCUUUAAGCCCAGCCAUAUUCUGUUUUUCCUUCUCUUUCUUUGCUGAUGCAUGUUUCUGGUCCUUUUACUUGUGGUAAUAUAAGGAAAGCUGUGGAUGGAAUCACUCUCCUCAGCGGUCAAUGAAUGCAAAGGCAGUGGGACAACUGACACCUAACAUGAUCUUACUUUGAAAUGUUUGGUUUAGGGUGCAAUCAAAACUAUCUUUGUGCUGGGCUUGGGUGGUGGUGGUGGAUUGGGCCAAGGUGCCCUUCCAUCCAGUUCUGCUGGCCUCUGUCUUUGAAAUGAUGCCACCAUCACUUCACUAAUGUGGAGCUCCUCCUUCCACCAACCUAACAUGUAGGCUGAUGGAAGUGCCACUGGCUGGUUCCCCAGCAGCAAGAGUCCAUGGAAACUCUUGAAACAGAGCAUUCUGGCAAGGGGUUGAACAAGCUCAAGAUCCACUAGAUUCUGAGCCAACCCCAUUGACACAUGGUGGCAGAGGACCUUGAUGUGCAGUGAUCUGCCUGCCCUGCUUUGCCCUGGAGUCCAAACUAGCAUUGCCAAUGGUCAGGGAUGAUGGGAUUUUGCAUCCAACAACCUGGAGGGUACAGGUUCUCUGUCCUGGACUAUAAUAAUGACAACAUUCCCAGCCAAAGGUUCCAGCCAGAAGCAUCCAAAGUUUGGUGAUAUCCAGUGUGGGGUUUUAUAUCUGAGGGUACUCUCUGCAAAAUAAAUUAACUGAGCCUGGUUGUGAUGGUCCUUUCUCCUCCUUACAGACUCUUGCAACUCAGGACAGUAAGUGGUAUCUUGGAGACGUUGCUCUUUCCCCUAAACUGUCCUUCAAGCCACAACAGAUUACUGAUUCAUGACAGUGGUUUGUGCUUGGCUGCUAAUCAGAUCAGAGGAGACACAUUACCUGUGGCCCUGUAAAUAAUGCUUAAUGAGCUCUUGCAAAGCAGCUGGAGAAGAAAGUCAAAGAUCUUAGCUAAUUAUUCUGAGAGCCACCUUCUCGAUUGUAGUGGGGGAGAGAGAGAGAAGAGGAGGGUAAGGCUAAAGCGUAGUUUUAAAGGUUACAGAUAUAUUGUAAGGCACCCAUCCUAUUCUCCUGGCUAAGUAACCUCUGCUAGUCUUGCUCAUACGAAGCUAUCUGAUAACUGAGUUACACCACUGUCUUGACUAGUGCUGCUAACAAUGACAUUCUGAAGCCUUUCUCAGUCCUGAUGCCUUAACCUGGAGUUCGACAUGGAAUCUUUGUCACAUUAAGCACACUCUUCCCCCCUCACUCCCAACAUUGCCUACAAUUGUCUUUGCACAGCACUGGAUUAAACUGUGCAAUUCACUUCUGAAGAAGUGCUGGCUACCAAAGUUGUUGAUGAUGAUUUCAACAAUUUAUAUACUACUUAAUCAUAGUCAUCUCCAAUAGGAUUCAACAAAUUCAUGGAGGAUAAGGCUAUCAGUUGCUACUAGCCAUGGUGGUUUAUGUUCUCCCUCCACUUUUGGAGGCAGCAUGAGAAACACAAAUGAGGGAGCGAGGGUUGUUGCACUUGGGUUCUGCUUGUAUGCUUCUGGGAGGAAUCUGUUUGGCCGUUAUAAUAAAAGAAUGUUGGAGUAGAUGGGCCUUUGUUCUGACCCAGUAGAGGUCUUCUUAUGCUCCCUUUCUGUUCUGUGUUGCAGUGGCUCCUUGGUGAUCUCUGGCAAUGGCCUGUCCGAACCCAUCUCUGCUCCUGAGAUCCUUAGCUGGAGAUACUAGCCCUCCCACUUUUGAAUGUAGGGAGGGUGAUUAGACUCUUGGGCAAUUCUCUUAACUCAAAAACUUCCCAUCUUGCUCGUCAAGGGAAAAGACUGUAGCUUAGUCAUCUUUGUGAUAUCUUAGUUUUCUAUGUGCAGGUAGGUUAUAAACUGAGGGAAAAUUUAAAUGAAGACGAAAAAGCUAAAAAGAGUCCUGUGGAAUCAGACCAAAGGCUAAUUUCAAGUAGGAAGAAACUGUGUAUCCCCAGAUGUUGUUAGACUACACUUUCACUUAUCCCAGCCAUUAGCUUGGUCUGGCUGGAGUUGCUGUCCACUAGCAUCUAAAAUCAUAACUGUAGUGGUUCCAAUCAUGGCAGUUAGCCAUAGCAAGUAUGUUAAGAGUAAAUAGAGGAUGAAUGAUAGUAUGAAUGACUACAGCAGCAACCCACUCAGCCCUUGUUUGGAUUACACUGUGAAUCAAGACUGCCAGUUUGGAUUCCUUUUGUUAUUACUAAAGAGCAAUGUGGUCGUAUGAUACCAUCAAUUGGGUUGUCAGGUUUCAGGGUUAGAUCUGAAGGCUUGACCUUCUCUGGGUCUCAGUGGGGAGCAGUUAGAUUUCAUGGUGAUGUGUUUGAAUCAAAUGGGACAGUUUUUGUUGGGCUUUGAGUAUUUGCCAUUCUUCACACCCUCCAGUCCAUCCAGAGACACCAAACUCACAGCUUAAAUUCUAGCAAAAUUGGGUUGAAGCAAUGGCCCUUGCUAGAAGGGCAAUGUUCUGUCCCGAGGAGCAGAGUCACCUCUUUUAGGGUAAAGUCAAGAUAGAUUAGGCAGGAUUACAAAAGGCCCCAAACCCUGGCCUUUCAGGACCCUGAACAAAUCACUGGCACAUGCUGGCUAGGAACUCGCCGAAGGACAGUUAUCUCAGCGCCACUAUUAGGCCUUAUAAAGGGUAGCUGGUCUGGACCUGAUGUUAACCCUGCCCUUGUUGUUUCUCAAAGGGUCAUUGCCUGAUUCUGUAGCAGCUGGCUCUGAUAGCUGAGGUCUGGAUUGUUAAAAUGCUUUCUGGAUUGUAGGGUUUUGACAAAGCUUUGCCCUCUAGCCUGGAAGCUCCUGGAGUGGGGGGGGGCAGACAAUGGCUCCCCACAUGAUUCAUCAUUUCCUUCUGAAUCUUCUUUGAGCCUGGGGGGGGAGGGUUGAAACUAGAGUGCGUGGCACACAGGUGCCACUAUUGUUGUUGUUUAGUCUGACUCUUCAUGACCCCCUGGACCAGAGCAUGCCAGGCACUCCUGUCUUCCACUGCCUCCCGCAGCUUGGUCAAAUUCAUGUUGGUAGCUUCGAGAACACUGUCCAACCAUCUCGUCCUCUGUCGUCCCCUUCUCUUUGUGCUCUCCAUCUUUCCCAACAUCAGGGUCUUUUCCAGGGAGUCUUCUCUUCUCAUGAGGUGGCCAAAGUAUUGGAGUCUCAGCUUCAGGAUCUGUCCUUCCAGUGAGCACUCAGGGCUGAUUUCCUUCAGAAUGGAGAGGUUUGAUCUUCUUGCAGUCCAUGGGACUCUCAAGAGUCUUCUCCAACACCAUAAUUCAAAAGCAUCAAUCCUUCAGCAAUCAGCCUUCUUUAUGGUACAGUUCUCACUUCCAUACAUCACUACUGGGAAAACCAUAGCUUUAACUAUAUGGACCUUCGUCGGCAAGGUGAUGUCUCUGCUUUUUAAGAUGCUGUCUAGGUUUGUCAUUGCUUUUCUCCCAAGAAGCAGGUGUCUUUUAAUUUUGUGACUGUUGUCACCAUCUGCAGUGAUCAUGGAGCCCAAGAAAGUAAAAUCUCUCACUGCCUCCAUUUCUUCCCCUUCUAUUUGCCAGGAGGUGAUGGGACCAGUGGCCAUGAUCUUAGGGUUUUUUUAUGUUGAGCUUCAGACCAUAUUUUGCACUCUCCUCUUUCACCCUCAAUAAAAGGUUCUUUAAUUCCCCCUAUUAGGUGCUGCUGAAAUCCUUCCUGACACAACCAAGAUGCUAAUGUACCCUAAUCUACUAGGUCCCAGACCCUGCCCCCAUGACUCAAAGUCUCAGCUGAAUCUGUGGGAACAUUUGGAAUAACAGAAACUCUUUGGGCAUUCUAUAGUAUAUUACAGGUUUCAUUAACCAGCUUGAGGACUGCCUCUUCCUUUAUGCGCCUGUUGCAUAAUGCCAAAUGUUACAAAGAAGUGUUACACUCAGAGAUUUCGUCCACGUUUUAAAGGCAGUGUUAUUGUUCUUGUACAAUAAGCAUUAGUAUUAUUACAUUUAUAUCCCGCCAUUCCUCCAAGGAAAUCAGGGUUGUACACAUGGUUCUCCCAUUCCCCAUUUUAUUCUUUGUGACAAUCCUGUGAGGUAAGUUAGGCUGAGAGAUGGUGACUGGUUUGAGGUUACCCAGGGAGCUUCAUGGCUAAGUGCAGAUUUGAACCCUGCUCUUCCAGGUCUUAGUCCAGCACUCUAACCAUUGUACCACAGUGUCUUCCAUCAGCCCUAACUCCCAUCAGCCCCAGCCAGAAUGGCAAAUGGUCAGUUAGAGUCCAGAGACAUUGGGUGGAUAGCAUGCUGGCUCACCCUGUUAUGCUGCUUCCUUGAGGUGCCUUUCUAAGCUAACUUGCCUAGUGCUGUUUUUUUGCUGAUGCUGAAUCUAUAAGUUCUCAAAAUGUGGAGGGGGGAGUAAGGAAGGAGGGAGAUGGGGAGAGAGAGAAGAGAUGGAAGCUACUUAAGGAUUAUAACUCCCAGCUCAAUUCAGUAGGAUCUGCAGGUGCUAGACAUGUCCUUUUCUUGUGAGGAAAAAAGGAAAAAGAUCGUGACCUGAAUCUGCUGCCACGGCCCUCCCCUUUCCUGCUGUGUCCCAUAUAUCAUUCCUAUUGACUGCAGUGCUAUGUUUAUCCUCCCUGACAGCUGCCACUGCUCCCCUCUUGCUUGAAAAUUGGGUCAGACAAAACUGGGUGAUUCACUGCCAUUGGGCAAGGAGUUCUAAUCUGGACAGGCAGCCCAGAAGAGAGUGGCCUGUUUUCUAUGAAUCAUUAUGACCAAUAUGAACAAGCAGGUCAUGCAACAAAAUGUUGCAGCAUUUUCUCACCUCCUUAUCAGAGUGCUUCUGUUCAGGGUUCCAGCCAGCUAGCCACAGAUUCUCCAGUCUGAAGAUCUUGUUGUUGUCUAUAACUUCUUCAAACACUACAGUUAAACCAACUGUGCUGAUACCUCCCUCCUGUUCUUUGGUGCCCACAUUUCUGGUGGCACUCGUCACCAGAACUUGCUAUUGGAGAGAUCAUAAUUAUCUGCAUCCAGCUCUCCAUCUGAAGAGCUCAUAGAGCCAUCCCAUUUUUAUCCUCAUGACAACCCUGUAAGGUAGGUUUGUGUGAGAAAGUAUCACCCCUCGUGCAGUGGUGGCUGGUGUUGGUUGAAACCGCUAGGGUUAGAAUUCCUACCUGCUGAAUUCUACAGAGGGCAACACUGAGACUAAGGGAGAGGAGGCUGUCAGUCAGAGUGGCACUCCUACACAGGUUGUUAGGUAGGAAGGCAGGCAGGCGAGAGGGAAGUGCUGGCUGAGGGCAGCGUGAGAUUGAUAGGGCAGUGCCCCAUUUGCCAUAUGGCCCAGCCUCUACUGCCUUGCAGUCAGGAUUUUAACCUCAGCCUUUCUUAUCCUCACUACAUAGCAUUUCUGUUCUAUUCUACCUAUCUCAUACACUGCUGAGCAUCUAUCAGAUUCUGUAGCAGCUAGUAAGACUUAGUCCAGAAUUCUUUUUGUAUUGGAAUGAGUACUAUAUAAGGCAUUUUAUUUACAUAUUUAUUUUAAAAUUGUGCUCCUUUCAUCCUUUUUAACCCCCUUCUUCACUGGCUAUUUGUGUCCUGGCUGCACUUAUGGUAGCCAUGGUCCCUAUUCCUGUUGGGUGCCCUUUCUGCUCAGUUUUUACCUACUUUUGUCUUCUUUUUCUUUUCAUCUCUCCCCCCCACCCACCCACCCAAGAUGCUAGAUUGAGGGGGUGAACUAUUGCCCUCACUCUGAUUUGCCUUCAGGCAGCAUGGAGGCCAAAUUAUUGCUGGCAUGCAGAGGAGCGAGUUGCUCCACUUUGUCCUCGCAGCAACUCUGCAAGACUGAGAAAUAAUGACUAGCAGCUACACAGAAUCAUAAUGGAGCCAAAUCAGACUGAAGGCAAACAUGUCUGCUCUUCUUCUGGGUAAGAUAAUGGGGUCCCCAGCAGGAGCUGGACAUUUAUUUACUAAGUUAAAAUCCCACCUUUCCUCUAGAAAACUCAAGCUACCAGGUUCUCUCUCUCUCUAUUUUAUCAUUGCAAUGACCCUGUGAAAGCAGGUGAGAUGGUGACUGGCCCAAGGCCACUCAGUUAGUUUUCUGGCCAAGUGGGGAUUUGAUACUGGUUUCCCAGUCCAGCACAUUAAUCAGUAAGUGGGAUAGACACAUAAGUCCCAUUCACAGCCUGCCUGCCCUCAUGAAAAUUAAAAAAAAAAUGAGAAGUGGGCUGUUCACAGACAGCAAACAUGGUUGUGAAUUUUGCCUGGCCAGGGGUGGGGUUGAUUUCGGCUGAGCCUUUUCCAGUUAAGGUUUUGCCAACCUCUCUAGGUCACUAAAGUAACCCCUCCCAGGGACAGGACUCAAACUCUAGGAUGCACCCACAACUGUCCUCUCCUUUUUGCCCAGCUCCAUCUUGUGAAUCCUGACUUCUUUCCCCCUCUCCUCUGGUGGGCUGGCAGCUUUAGAAAAGUGCCAUGCAGAACCACAAUGGCACAAACAGGAUGGGUGACUGACCAGCUCACCUUCUGUAUGCCUGUAGUUCACUGGGGCUUGUUGGUGUCUCAGACUCCUUUUAAAUCUGCCAGCCUGAAAAUCCCAGACUUUGACAAUGAGGCCAGACAAAUCUGGGUAAGGGAAUUAUCAUAAAGGAUUCACUUUCUGUACUGCUUCCCAUGUUGCCAGAAACUGACGUGAGUCUGACAAGCAGAACUGAUCAGGUGUGAGGAAACAGCUGGGAAUCCUCCUGGAGCCUCUGGCUCCAAACAGAAAGCUGCAGAAUUUGAUCUAAAGAGAGCUAAUGGAAAUAUAUGUAUUGUGUGUGUAGGCCUGCACAAGCCUUGGGCCAGACAGGGGGAUUUAGGCUCCACACAGAGACCUUGGAAGCACCACCUUGUGUUCUUAUUCCUUGACCCACAUGUCUCAUGGAAGAUGGAGUAUGCCUGUUUUCUCCUGCCCUGGAGGGUAGUAUUUGAACCCAUGGAUUCAAGUUACAAGAAAGGAGAUGCCGGUGAAACAUCAGGAAGAACAGCAAGAGCUGUUAGGGAGUGGAACAGACACCCACAAGAGGUGGUGAACUCUCCUUCCUUCAAAGUUUUAAAGCAGAGGUUGGAUGGCCAUUUGUCAUGGAUGCUUUGCUUGAGGUUCCUGCAUUUCAGGGGGUUGGACCAGAUGACUCUUGGGGUCCCUUCCAGAUCUACAAUUAUAUGCAGUGGCAUUGCAGCAUUUCCUGGCACCUGGGGUGUGCGCUGGGCAGGGCACGAAGGGCAAAUGGAACCCGCCAUGCCAGUUCACCCCUUAACACUGACACUACCAAGCAGGUGUGCACUGGGUGGAGUGUGUAGGGUUCACAGAGCUUGCUGCGCCAGCCCAGUUCUCACCACUGGAGCUAAGCAGAGUCGUGCUGCACCACCUGCCUGCCCAUGUAGGAGGGAGCCCAGCCAGCCAACAUGGGGGCUGGGGACAUGCUGGCCAGGUGGGGCGGAACAGGGAUCCCUGUGUGGGAGCACCUGGGGCUAGUGCACCUGGGACUAGUCCCCUCCUAACCCUAGCCCCAUUCCCAUGAUUCUGUGAGUCUAUGAAAACAAUGCUGACAAAACCAGGGCAUUUUCUUUCACUUCUCCAUUCAUUCAUUCAUAUGUCAGUGAAUGUUGAAAGCAAAGUCCAUGAGUGCAGGUGGUAUUUUCCCUUCAUAGCCACAGGCUAGUAUUUCAUCCUCUGCAUCAGCAGUGGGGAACCAUUUUCAGCCUGAGGACCACAUUCCCUUUUGUGGAGCAUGCUAGGGGCCACAUCCCAGGGCAUCAGAGGGAAAAGUGGCUGGAGCAAAAAAUGUAAGUGUUGCCUUUGUACAGUAAGCUAGUUUCUACACACACCCACACCCAACUCCAUGUCCUCCAUCCAGACAAGCAAGAGGCAUGGUCUGAGCUGAUCUGAGGGCAGAUUCCAGCCAGGAAAACAAAAUACUUGAGGAAGUGUGAAGAAGGGCCGCUGAGGGCUGUGGCCUGGGGAGAAAGUAUGUGGCCUGGGGAGACUCCUAAGGGCCAGAGGGAGAGGGCAGGCAUACCACAUUCACCCCCCCCCAAGUAAGAGGUGUUCCUACCCCUGCUUAACAUUUUUCAUCCUGCCCUUCUGCCAAGGAACUCAAGGCAUUUUUGCAAAGGUUCUGUUCUAGGAGCCCCUGAAACACACACAUGCCUGCAAGGCAGAGGGCUGCUUACUGGGGUCCGGGGAGGUCGUGUGGGGGCUCUUGGAUGCUGUGUGACCCUCUUUCUCUCUUCCCAAAGCCUGGUAAGGGAGGAAAACCUGCUGGGUGUACAGGUGAGAAAUAAAUGAAGAGCAUUUACUUAUUUUUUACCCCAACUACAUAAGGCCGCAAACAUGUAAGUAAAGCAAGUGCCAAUUGGCGGCUUACUGUAGUCUGAUCCAUUCAGAAGUGAACCUUCCUAAUUCACACUUUCCAAAACAAUAUGUGGUGAAUAUAUAGCAGCCUUAGGAAAUGCCUUGAUUUUUGACCUUGAGCCAGAGUAGAUGCAAGUCUACCUGCCUUGCAGCCUGACGCCUUCUAUGCCUAGCAUUGCUAUACAGAGUGGACAGAAAAGCAUUUGAACUGGACAUUCUCUUUUUAUAUCCGUUUGUGUUCUAAAUGGUGCCUUCCAGAGCUUCAUACGUCACAGCAUAACUUUAUAGUAGCUGGCUGAUGUGAUAAGAUUUUCAGCUCAGCAGAAUCCAAGCUGAACUACACUCAGUUUUCCAUGCCCUCAAUUCCUUGCUUAUACUAUAAUCUCACAGUAAGGUUUUGCUGCCACUAGCCACAAUCCCUGAACUGCUAAUAAAUUAAAAUAAAUUAAAAAAACACAAAUAGAACCCAUACGCCAUUCCUUCUAAUAGCAAACUCAGGUGACUCGAGUGCCUAUCAUUUUGGAAGCAGAAUAUGGGAGCACCUAAAAAUAAGGUAGCAGUUUCUACAUAUGCAGGAGUCUCCAUAGGUACAAUGAAGUGUGCAUGUUUGUAAUUAAAAAGGAAACAAAUGAAUAAAACAAGACAAAGACCUGUCAGCUUCCAGGAUAUUAAGAAUGUUGAGGGUUGAGUUGGACCUUGAAUUUUUACUGUCUCUUUUCUUACGCUCAAUUAUUUUCAAUAGGCCUCCAGCUAAUCUUUCCUCAGUAUUUACAAGAGAAAUUUGUGCAGUCAGCAUUGAGCUACAUAAUGUGCAACGGAGAGGGAGAAUAUAUAUGCCGAGACAGCCAGUGUGGAUGUCAGUGUGCAGAAGAAUUCCCACAGUGCAACUGUCCCAUCACCGACAUUCAGAUCAUGGAAUACACAUUGGCCAACAUGGCAAAAUCUUGGACAGAAGCCUACAAAGACCUGGAGAAUUCAGGUAAUGAAGAGGAAAGGAGAAGGUGGUUUUCAAAGGCAUUACAUACUAAAACUACCCUAUACCAGGCCCAGAUUUUUGUCCAGCUGGCUGUGUAUCAUCUGCUCCAACUGACAGCAGCUUAUCUAGGGCAGAUAUAGUCAACAAGGCCAUGAGUAUCCAACAUGGUGCCCUCCAAAUGCUGUUGAACUACAACUCCUAUCAUCCCUGACCUGCAAUGCUGUAAGGGGUUGAUAGGCGUUGAAAUCAAACAACUUCUGGAUGGCCACAGUGUCCCCAGUCCUGGUCUAGAAAGUGUAUUCUGCACAUACUAAAGGAAAGAUGGAGAACCUAUGGCCUUCCAGAUGCUGUUAGAUGACAAAUCCCAUCAGCCAUGGUCACUGGCAAUGUUGGAUGUGGAUAAUGGGAUUUGUAGUCCAAUGGUAUCUGGAGGGUGUCAUGUGGCUUCCCAUUCUCUAUGGUUUCAGGCAGAGAUAUCUUCCCUUACCUGGUUCCUGAUCAUUUUAACUCAUGGAUGGGAGACCUUGUUUUCAACUUGAGGGCCACAUUCUGUUCUGGGCAAACCUCUGGGGAGUCAUAUACUAGUGAUAGGCAGUGCCACUGGCAAAACCAGGCUUGGGGGGAAAUGUGAGAUUUACCUUUGAAUACCAACCCACCCACACCAUCCAUCCAUCUAGGCAAGCAAGAAGCAUUAUCAGAGUUAUUGGGUAGAUAGCAGGUCAAAAUACUAAAGGAGGGUACAAAGUGAGGAUAGUGGGGAUGUAGCCUGGGGAAAGUCCCAAGGGGUAGAUUUCCCACCCCUGUUUUAACUGGAAAUGCCAGGAAUUGAACCUGGGACCUCAUGCAUGCAAUAUAUGGGCUCUACCAAUAAUUUCAUAUUCUCCCCAAAGUUUGCCAAACUAUAAAAAAUAGAAAAUUAAAGAGGGCAUAAUGCUACCCCCCCAAAAAAAAACAAGAACAACAACUCCACCCUUUCUCUGUUCUUGGCUUUAUUUGUGUCUUUGUGUAUUUCACAGACGAAUUUAAAUCUUUCAUGAAGAGGCUACCUAGCAACCAUUUCCUGACCAUUGGAAGUAUCCACCAGCACUGGGGGAAUGACUGGGACCUUCAGAACCAGUACAAACUCCUGCAGAGUUCCAUGGAGACCCAACGCCAGAAGAUCCAACGCACUGCCCGCAAGCUUUUCGGCCUCAGUAUCCGUUGCCGGCACAACCCUAACCACCAGCUGCCGCGAGAAAGGUACUGGUCACCCUUAUUUAUGUAAGGGGUGAUAUACUGUAUUUAGAGAGUGCUUGGUCCAUGCAUUAAGAGUUCAACAUGCUUAUUGUAUAUCACUUUCUGUGUAAGAAGGGUGCACAUCUUUUUUUUAUUUGCUCAGAGAUUUCAGUAAACAAAAGUAGCAGGAGAGACAACUGCUUUUCUUUCCUCAUCUGAGCAUUGGUGCAAAUUAGGCAAGACUCCAGUUCUCUCUGUAGCACUCUAUGCUUACUUGAGCAUAAGGGAGACAAAUUCAAUUCACUUCCCAUUUAAGCAUGAACCUACGUAAUACUCACUUUGCAAAACAGUACAUGAACUGAAACAAUGCCAAUGCUUUUAAAUUCACAGUUCUCAAAAUUUUGCAGUGCUGUUCUCCAGCCAAGUAAUGAACAGGUAACUCGCAUUUUCACUUACUUUACUUACAUGAUCACAGCUUUGUGCAGGUAUAUGGAGGGCGGGAGGGAAAGUAAGUAAGUAAGCAAGCAAGCAAGCAAGUAAGUAAAUGGGUGGGUGGGUGGAGAACUGUGGAAACCCACUCUCCAUUUAUUUUCCGCAUACACCUGCACAAAGCUGGGACUCUGGCAGCAUCUCAGAGCCCUCUUGCCACAUUCCCAAAACUUGAUAAGCAAUGCCCACAGCUUUGGAAAUGAGGCUCAAGGGUUCUGUCAGGGUCCUAGAGCUCUCCUGUCUCCUUCCCAAAGUUGGGCAAGUGCUUACUGGGAUUUAGGAUGAUGGUGGAAGGGUCCUGAGAAACUGCCAGAGCUCUUGAUCUGCCUUCCCUGGGCUCCUGGCUUUAUGUGUUUUUUCUUGUAUGUAUGGACCCCCAGAACCAAAUGCUUGAGUAAGAUGAGAGUUACCUGUACACAAAAAUGCAUACACUGGGUUAAAGUGUGCAUCUAUUAGUGAAACUAACUUAAGAAAGAAAGAAAGAAGAUUUAUGUAAGGAAAAUGCUUUGCAAAAAUGCAUAGAUUAUGCAAAAUUGUAUAAAAAUAUAUGUAUUAGGAGAAAUUCACACCAAAAUUAUACAUUUUCAUGAGGACUUUAAAAAAAAACACACCUCAGAAAGUGAUGCAGAUUUGUGGUAAAAUGAACUUAAAAAUGAGAAAUGGAGAGAAACUGAAAUUGUAAGAUUUGUCUAAUCUUCCUUCGAGGAGAAAAUUGUGGUUUGUCUAGUAAUCCAAAAUGAUAUUUGUGAAUCCUUGUCCACAGGGCAAGAAAUCAGUCUGUACAAAACUGCACAGAUUAGAGAUAAUUGCACACAAUAUGUAUACAUUACUGGAAAUAAUACUGCAAAAAUGCAUUAUGCUAGGGGGAAUUGUUUGCAACAAUGUGUGGAACAGGAGCAAUGUGUAUGCAAGUGCCUAUGAAUUUUAAUGCAUUUUUAAAGAAAAAUUGCAAACUGAUUCAUAAAUGGGGCAAAUAGUACAAAAGAUUUGAAAAAUUAAAAAUGGAUAGGGGAUAAAUGACAGGUUUGUCCAUCCUCUACUUGUGUACAUGAAUGCAGGAGGAGACUCCUAGGUAUUUGGUCAGCAUUAUAGACGAGUGGCUUCUCCUUGUCCCAUUUUGUUGGUAGGAGGACUGUACUGCAAAAUUGGAGAUGUGCAAAUUUUGACACAUACAAAGGUCAUCAAUCCUGGAUUGCCCUUGGUGCCCAUGUGCCUCCUUUCUCUUUCUCUCUGGAGAAGUAAAUAGAGUUGGGAAAGGAAGGCAGAAAAGUGGCCCCUUUCCCACUUCCUCUUUUAGCUCUAUGUGCUCAGAAGUAUUCUACUUGCUCUCAAUUUUAUCCAUACCAUUUGAUAAAGCAAAGUGUGUGGUGCAUGUGUGUGUGUGUGUGUCCUUUAUCUUUCUGUGCCAGGGGUAGGGAGACAUCUGGUCCAGGAAGCAGAAACAUAAGAAAAGCCUUCUGGAUCAAGCCAAUGACCCAUCCAGUCCAGUGUCCUAUUCUCAGAGUGGCCUGUAAGCUGGACAUGAACCCACCAGAAAUCCCCAGUAACUGGUAUUUAAAAAAACUGAAUGGCAUAGUUGAAGAAUCUCUGUUCUCCAGAAAUAGCUGUAUUCAAAGCCAGCAAUAUCUGGGGCACUUACAACAGCAAUCAUCUCCACUUGAUGUGCUAAGAACCUAAGAAGAGCCCUGCUGGAUCAGACCAAAGGUCCAUUUAGCCCAGCAUUUCCAUGUUUCACAGUGCCCAACCAGAGGCCUCUGGGAAUCUCACUGUCCUGGUUCCCACCUGGCUCUUGCUCGUAAAAUUGUAGAAUCAUAGAAUUGUACCCAAAAGGUCAUCUAGUCCAACUCCCUGCAAUAAAGGAAAUACAGCUAAAUAGCGUGAUUAUCAAACUCUCAGUGCUUCCUCGGUGUUUCUAAUAGGAUUUUCAUUAUUAUUCAUUUUGGGAGUUGUUCGAAGUUCGAAGUUGAAAGUGAGUGGAAGUGCCAUGACCCUCUCUCUCUCUCUUUGUUUUCCUUCAAGUGACCAGAGUAUGGUGGUUCCAUUGCACUCAGUCAAAAAUCCAAAUAUGCCCACAAGCCUAGAAAGUUGACAACACUUGACACAUUGAUUUCAGGGAGUGAUGAUUAGUUUGGUUCACAUUAAAAUGUGAACCAAUUUUCUCCCCUAUCUUUAGGAAGCAGGCAAGCUGAGUCCAGUUAGAACAGGAGGCAGUUUUUCAAGUGGCGUAGGUUUCAGAUUAUGACAGCAACUUAGGGGAGAAAGUUAGUGUGUUUUCUUCAACAGAUAUCCAGACUCAGCUUCACGGUCCACUGUUCAGCCUCUGUCUUUGCCACACAUCUGACAUGAGUUUACUAGAAUAUACCUUGCACAAAAUUAGACCCAAUAUGGCCCCAUACUGGGGCAAUUUUGACUGUGUGAAUGCCCCGACCGAGACAGCAGCAUUUAAUAUGUGCCGCUGACUUUGAAAAGAUGGAGUGGUUAGAUUAACAGCGUGACACUCUCUGUCCCAUUCACAAAGGUCUAAUAGAAAUAGCAUGUUCUAUAUUCAAUUAUAGCCUAAAGGAACGUGCUGACACUCAACUGCCCUUCCGGAAAUGAAGCAGAAUAGAGCUGAAUGCUGAAAGGGAAAGUUGUGUUCAGCCAAUUUUAAUGGUGCAGGAAGGUGUGAAUCCAGAUUUUUAAAAAUCUAUACUCCCUCCCAGUUUCACUUUUUGUUUUUUUAUCUAUAGAUUUUGUUUGCCAAACAAGCAGAGCAAAUGAAGUUAAUUAAAAAAAUAAAAUUCAUAGUGACUCAAAUGGAAAUUGAAUCAAAUGCUGGAUUCAUUUUCUUCUCUCUCUUUUUUGCUGACCUGUUUGUGUGAUUUCUGAAUGGGCAGGCUGAUGCAUAGUUUGCCUCAGGGAAGGCUGCUAACUUUGCAGGGUGGAGGGGAGUAAUAGAUUUAAGAGCUCUGAGCUUGACUGAAGAUUUAUGGGCCUGUUGUGCUUUGGGUUUUGUUUUGCUUUGCUUUUUUCGUUUUGUGAGAAUGCGAGAGUAGCUGAUGCAGGCGGAUGAAAUAUGGCAAAUGGCAAUAUGAUGAUGAAGAGGAGCUUCUGCAAAGUCAGAUCAGAUGUUCAACACUAUAUAUUGAAAUAUUUGUGGGAUUCAGCUAGGAUCGCAUGUAGAAUGGCCGUUUACCAUCUUGCCGGUUGUGGCCCAGUGCGAUGCCUCCUCUCUUGCAUGACACACAGUGCAAUUUUUGAAUGUUUCUCCAUCCCCUCCGGCCACCGCAGAGGCUCAUGGGCUCCCAUCAAACCCGUCCUUCAAAUGAGCCAAUCCGUGGUGGUCCAGGGGUGGGGGGUGGGGCAUAGCCAUUUAUUGAGCCCAGCCAACCACUCAGCACAGCAUUCAGUUGGCCGGGAGAGUCACCCACCUUUCCCCUCCCUUCAUUAAGAGUUGAUUAUUGCUCUAACCAUAUCUUUUCAGCUAGCCAGGCUUUGCUGUGGUCUUUUGAUGGGUACUGUAUUCAGAGCCAGGAAGGAAUUUUCCCUGCUCUGCAGGUUUUGCCUUCCCCAUAGCAUUAGUCACAACUUUGGUGAUUUAGGCCUUGGGCAGAAUCCUAUAGUCUUUCAUCCAACUGGGGUGUGGUGAAGUGUUGACUCAUCUACCCCCUGUUAAUGGUGACAUUAACAGGGUACCCCAUUAGAGGGGUCUGGAGGGAAGUCUCUGUCCAAAAAGCUAGUUGUUAGGGCUAGCGGGCCAUAGAGCUUACCUGAGCAUUUGGGGGCCAUCCGCAUAAACUUGCGUUUUGUGAUGGAUCCACCCCCACGUACACCCUGUUGUGCGUCAGUCCUCCAGCAGGGGAGGGGCUGAGGGGAAUACACACCCAAUGCACAUGCCAAGGCUUCCUAUAUCUGAAAUCAGUAAAGUUGUGUCCAUUUCAAAUACCAGACAGUUGUGUCCAUUCAUUUUACCCCUCAGCAGUUAGGCGUGCUGGGCAGGGGGAUUCUGCUUCUGGGCACCCCACCAAAGCACCACUUUCCUGCAUCUUUUUCUUCCUCUACCACCUAAAGCCUAGUAAGUGAGGAAAACUGCUGGGUGCAUGGGUGAGGAAAAAAUAAAUAAAUUGAGAGAAGUGGGUGGUAGGUUUCCCCACGUCUCCAUUUUUUAUUUUAUCCCCCCUUCCAUGAAAGCUUGUGAUUGCAUAAGUAAAGUGAGUGCAAUAUGUAAGCUCACUGCAUGCAACAAUGUGUAAAUCCAUCAAAAUUUACAUACAGAAAAAUUUGCACUACAGGAGAAAUUUGCACUAAAAUUCUGUGAAAAUGUGGCUUAGAUGCAUCCUUAUGGCUUAGAACCAGGCAACACCUUCACAGAUGGGAGCAGACCUUCUGCUCCAGCGGAGUGUGCAGUUGCAAUCUCAGCAUUCCUUUAAACACAAGAGUCUUGCAAGUGAGCAAUCAUUGAAAGCUUGAUGAGUACAGAAAGGAAAAUGGUUGGGGUACCUUUGGCAUUUCCAUCCAUUUCUGAACUUCUUGCAUUGCUCCUGAAUCAUGACUCACGGGUGCUGUGUCUGCUGCCAAGUCUGUACUGUUACUUGGCUGAAUAAAUACAAGUAAGAGCUUCUGUCUGCACAUUUUGGGUGGGAGCCAGGACAGUGAGAUUCCCAGAGGCAUCUGGUUUGCCGCUGUGAGAAACGAAGAUGCUCGUCUAGAUGGACCUUUGGUCAGAUCCAGCAGGACUCUUCUUAGGUUUCUUUCAAACCAAGUGGAGAAGAUCACUGUUGUAAGUGUUUUAACACAGCUAUUUUAACACAGCUAUUUCUGGAGAAUGCUGCCUUUAGCACAGGGGUGGUGAAUCAGUGGCCUGAGGUCCAGAUCUAGCCCCAGGGGUACAAAAAUGGUUUUAUUGGCCGAGUACACUGUAUGUACAUUGAGCCCUCCAACCCACUUGCGAAGUAUGAAAGUCCAUGUGCUACUUUUUUUUUGGGGGGGGGGGUUCUUUAACAUCCACCCAUACUUAUCAUGCAGUAGUAUUUGCAGAAAAUAAUUUCUAGGGAGUACCUGAUCUCAGGGGAACCCACCACAGGAAGGAUGUGUCCUGGUUGCUAGAUGGGGAAAAGAAGAACACAAUUUCCAAGGAGUAGAAAAUGAGACAGAAGCACCUAAAAGGGGAGGGGGAAACAGCAGCUGUUUAGGACCCCAAGGAUUCCUUUUGCCCAGUGUCAAAACAACUCAUUCAUCAAUCACAGUUCUGGCUUCACUUACUGGCUAAAAACGCUAAAAGACUGGAACAGCCAGGCUGGCUCAUCUCACAGAAAUUGCUUAGCUGAGUACAUUUUGCUUCAUAACCUUGAGAGAAGUAGGUCCCUGCUGGUUCUGAACCUGGUUCAUCAAUACCCACUAUAUCGGUCUCUUGGGUUAUCUAUCCAGCCCAUGAAACCCCUUCUAGUGACCUGCCAACCCUCUGCUAAACUCACACAUUUAUUACAUUGGAAAAAUACUUCUCACUCUGGCACACAACCAUUAGUAGAAAACCAUAGAGGCUCAGGAAACAAAGCACAGGGCUUUCUUUCACCCCAUCACUAUGGUGGGCUAUGCUGUGAUGUGGGGAGGGGAGCAUCCUUUCCUCCUAGCCCAUUGCUGUGAUGGGGAAGGCUUCCCUCCCUCCUCCCCUGCACCAAUGCAUGCACCUCUGGUGAUUUGUAGGUGAUGAAUGGGGUGCCUGAAUAUGUGUACAUCUGUAUGUGCCUGUCUGAGUGUGUGUGUGUGUGUGUGUGUGCGCCUGUGUAUUUGCACUCUGAGUGUGGUGAGUGUGUGUAUAUCUUCUAACACACAGUGUGUGUUGGACACCUUGGCACAACCCAUUGCUAGGAAGUAGUCAUUAGAGAGCUGAUCACCCUUAAGUUUGUCCCUCAUGCUGAAAAUGGUUAGUCACAUGUUCUUUUAAAUACAAUCUAAAUUUGUCCCAUUCUCUACUGAAGUUUUGAUCCUCCUGAUUUCUAAUUUUCCCUGUCAAUCUAGCCAUCUUUGCAUAGUCCUGUAGUUUCAUCUGCCAGUCUGCCUUCAUGGAAUAUAUUCAGAAAGCACCUCUAUGAAUGUGCACCUACUUGCAAAAGAAAAAAGAAAGAAUUUAAGAGAGUUUUUGUUUUGAGGGGGACAGCUAUGAGUCUCCCUUCCCUUUUUGUCAGUGUUGCUACACAACUCUCAAUUAUAUUCCCUUUGGCCAUUCCAGUGGUAUAUAGUAUUUCUUCUUCAGAUUGGGGUGUAGUUGUGCUGAUUUUGACAUGGAAAUAGAAAGCAAUCAAAAUCUCUGAGAGAAUCCCUUCCUCUAUGAAAUAUCCCUUCCUCCAUGAAAUAUCCUCAGAGGGUAAUUCUGUUGGUCUGUUGCACUGGUUUUCAACCAGUGUGUCGUGGCACCAUGGGGUAGUUUGAAUGAUGGUCAUGGGUGCCGUGGGCAACACUGGCAUCUGUUCCUCUUUCCUUCCCUCCUUCCUCUGAUGCCUUCUUGCAUUUCUGCCUCCCAAAGACUUCUACAGCUGAAUGGUGCCUCUGUGACUGGCCAGAGGGUGCUGGUUGCCAGGUUGCCAGGAGCUGAGGCGGCCUCAGAGUAAGCAAGCAAGCAAGUGAGGGUGAGGGAGCCCAGCCACCCAGUCCACCAACUCUUGCUGUUGGGAAUGGACAGACAAGUGCCAGGCCCCUGUGAGGAGGCACCUCUCUUUGGGGAGAGGUGGGCAGCUCAGAGACCAGAGGCGGCAGCUACUGCUGCCCAGAGGACACCCAAGGAGAGGGGAGAGGAGAGGAGGCUGAGGGAACACUCCACAAGGGAGGGUGUUUGAAAAAGGGUGAGAGGCUGCCAGCUCUGCAGGGAAGGGGGACAUAACUGGGCUCCUGAGCCCCACGGGUGCUGCAGAAAGAAUGCAGUUGGUCAAGGGAAACCUUUGGUCUAUUGUAUCAAAUACAGGGAGGUGGAGUAUUGUGGCGCCUUAAAAGCUAACAGAUUGUGUAGCCCCUCUGCUUUGCCUGUCAUUUACUGAGCUUCUCUGAUUCCAUAGAGGGGCUCUGUAUAAAUUGGAUCCCAUUCCCUAUCUUCCAUCUUCGGAGGUGCAUUCUCAGAAUGCAUUAUGUCAGGUUAGCUUUUUAAAUGCCAAAAGAUUCUGUGUUUUCUGAAAUGCAUCCUUGCCUUCAGCAAAAAUGUGGAACUGUCCUUGGCAGAGACUAAGAAGGUGAGUUCUGCAGUGUUAGCCAUUGUUGAUGUGGCUUUGUUGCUGGGCUUGUUCUGUGAGAACAAUAUUUAUCGAUUUCAGUGUCUCUCCCCCCACCCCCCCAUCCAGUGCAUUGGCUUCCUUCUACCUCGCAGGAGAGGGAGAGGGGGUGAUAGACUCUAGCAGCUUCAGCACAAGCGAGACAUGUGAUAAAAGUCCUUUCACACUUCCAAAACCCUCUGGAAGCACAUAACUGCUGAUUCAUUUUCUCCUUACUCCCCACUCUCUUUCUCUCCAUUUUCUCCUUCCUUCUGGUCUUCCUUUUCAGGCAGCUUUGGGCUGUUUCACUGGCAGGAGGGGCAGUGAACGGAAGUGCCUCAUGUUCCCUGUGCACUUCCAUGUUGCUGAAUAUGUAUUAUGUCUGCACAGGAUGAAAUGUGCAAAUUGGUUCUGCCUGGAAGAGCAAAUGCCGAUGGGUAGCCCCACUGUGCAGGAAGCUAUGGGAAAAAGAAAAUUAGGUCCAGGCUAGUGGGUGCAGAACUGACUCAUUUUUCAGCUGCUGAGGCAACAACAGCCUGACUGUUGAGGCAGUGAGUGACUGUCUCUCUCUCUCUAUCACACCUAGGAGGGGAGAAACAUCAGGCUACAGCCACUAGACUUUGCAGUACUCCCCCUAUCUAGGAGCAGAGGGUGGCCACCUUCAGCCUAAGACUACAUCUGACUCAUGGCCUAAUUUCUUUUAAAAACACAUACACAAAUAAAUAAAUAAAACAUAUUAUAACAGACAGACAUAAAUACAAGUGAGCAAACACAGUUAUACUAUCCAAAUCUCCAAGUGGUGAGAGAAUCCAAGGAUUACAGAAACUUCCCAAGUUUGGGUUCCUUGGAAUGAAAGUCAGACUGUUGUGUCUCCAACAGGCACUACAAACUGCCCAAGCUGCCAUGGAGAGGCAACAGGAUGCUCCCUCUCAGCCACCACAGUCACUCAGGACAAGUGCCAGCUCAUCCUCCUCCCUGAGUUCAGUGGUGACAGCACUGGUGGGGAAAAGAGGGACAUUAUGGAAUCAAAUCAGAAGCUGGGAUGGCUUGUGUAAUUCCAGAACUCUCCCUGGAAAAUAGGGACAGUUGUAGGGUAUGGAAUUAUAAAUUAAUUUAAUGUGGCAAACAGGGAAAUAACUGGGGCGAUAGCUGUCAGAGAGAGAGAUGAGGGGUGUAAGAGAGGGAGGAAGGAAGGAUUGUAGAGAAAAGAGGAUGGUGGGUGGGGGGGGAAUCCUUCUGGGAUAGCUCAGUUGGUCAAGCAUGAGAUUCUUAAUCUCUGGGUUGUAUGUCCAAUCCCCAUCAUGGGCAGAAGAUUCUGGCAUUGCCAGGGGUUGGAUUAGAUGACCUUCAUGAUCCAUUCCAACUCUACAUUUCUGUGAUUUUGUGAAACCUUCUCAGGCCCUAUCCACAUUUAGCUGAAGCCCUGCCCACUUUUGACUCUAACCCUGCCAACUAUCGAGUAUGUUGAUCCUGCCCUAAGUCAUGGAUGGGUCCUACCAGAAGAUCCAAGUUGGCCCAUGAAGCAAAUUCCCUAGCCCAUACACUGCGAAGAACUUGCUGGUGAGUUCAGCCAGCAGGAAUGAACCCUCUGCUCAUUUCCAAGUGAGUUAAGGGAUCAAGCUUACUUCACCAGUGCUUUCCCCAUAGGGCCCUGCUCACCCAUCAAAGUUGGCCAAAAGCAUGGAAAGAAGAUAAAAAUCUGACCCACUAGGCCAGAAAACGUCCCCAUUCUUGCCUUAAGCAAUGCAGCCCCCAGUAGAAAAGAGGGAUUCCCGAUUCAUGAGCGAAAGCUUUCCUUGCAAAUAGGGUUUGUGUUAGAGGAAGCAGGGCAGGGGAAGAGCUUGUAAGAUGUAUAUGAAGAUGAAGGGAGAAUAUGAAGAUGAAGAGAGAAGUCAGGCAGCAGUAGCAACAUAUCCAGAGCAAGCUUGAGAGCCAAUGUGGUACAGUGGUUAGAGUGUCAGACUAGAAUCUGGGAGAUCAGGGUUCAAAUUCCCCACUCAGCCAUUCCCCACUUGGUGCCCUUGGGCCUGUCACUGCCUCUCUGCCUAACCUAUCUCACAGGGCUGAUGUGGGGAUUAAAUGGGGAGGGGGGGACACUGCAUGCCACCUUGAGCUCCUUGAAGAAAAAGGUGGGAUAGAAAUGCAAUCUAUAACUUAGUAAGCUGGGAAGUGAGGAGGAGAUUGUGUUGGGAUACUUUUACUUUCCUUGGUAUAUAAUAGAUAGAUAGAUAGAUAGAUAGAUAGAUAGAUAGAUAGAUGAUAGAGUAUAAUGGUUGUUAGCUGGCUUGAACACCUUGUGGUGGAAAGGUGCCAUAUAAAUUUCAGCAAAUGAAUAAAUAAGUCCUAUCUUCCUUCUCCGCUGUGUCAGCCAGAAGAAGGGUCCCAUGUGGGGGUUUCAAGACACUCCACCCUUCACACCCACAUCCAAGUCUUGUUAUGCUUCAGAAGAUAUGAGAGGCAGAGGAGGGAGAGAGGAAACAUUUCAGGGGAUUGGACUAUGUUACCCAUUGGACCCCUUCAAACUAUACAAUUCUCUGAUUCCUGCAUUGGAGGUUGGGCUGAAUGAUCUUUUAAUUACAUAUCUAGUCUUAUCAUUCCAAGCCCUCAUUCUCCCUCAUCAUCUUGAGGGGUUCUGAUGUCUCUGCGUUUCUCCACCUUUUGUUUCCAGUCUUCUUUAAAUUAUACAUGCCCAUCCAUUUCCCAUCCUCCCACGCCAACUCCAUGUCUCACCACCCCAAUUCCUCCCCCUUCCCAUCUCCCUCCCUCAAUUUGCCUUGCUCUUCUGUACUAUUGUGUCAUUUUUAAAUCUGCCUUUGAUACAGCACACAACCUAAUGAUUAUUCUGGGGUCAAGCUAGGCAGGUGCCGUGAAUCCUACUAAUCCGACUCUCAGAACCUCCGUCUGUAAUCACUCCUCCCAAUCUGCAGGGAUGGCAUCCUAAUUUCUCAUUAGUAAGUGUCUUGUCGCUGCUGAGCUGCUGAGAAUUCUCAGCCUUUGGGGAAACAAUGAGGCAUUCAUUAGCACAGCCAGGGAAGAGGGGGGAGUUGGAAAGAGUUCUUUGGACAGGAGGAAAUGAUGGUAGAAUUAUGAAGUCCUGGAAAACUGUGACUGCUCUGUUCAGGGUGGUCCACUUGUUAGUCCCAUCAGAAGAGGGCUAGCUGUAAUCUGGUUAGGAUUCAACAAUAGGAGGUUGAGUUCUGAAGCAGGAGUGGCAGACUUGACGUGGCCCUCCAGAUGUAGGCCAAUGAGUAUGAUGUCCAAAUAGUGUUCUCCUUCAUUGGAAGUUUUUAAACAGAGGUUGAAUGGCCAUCUGUCAGGGGUUCUUCUGUUGUUAUUCCUGCAUUGCAGGGGGCUGGACUAGAUGACCAUAGAGCUCCCUUCCAGCUCUACAGUUCUGUGAUUCUAUGAAUGAGGGGCUCCCAAAUGGUCAUGCUGAACACUACACCACACUGGCUGGCAGUCAGACAGGCAAAAUAAGAUAUACUGUGAGGUGGGUGGUAGACUAAAUGCACACAUUUAUGUAUGAUUGUUCUUGAAAGAUUUUAUUGGCGCACAGGUUGGUUGCACUCAGUGUCUUGCUUCUAAUUGUAGCAAGGUAAACUAUGGGUAGUGGUGGUGGUUGCAGAAUCUUUCCCCAAUAAUCCAUUUUCAUGGGUUAUUUGGUUUAAAGGGGAAUGGUAUGUGUGUAUGUGUGUGUGUGAAUAUUUGUGAAAUUAUGCAGGGCACAGAGAAUGUGAAUGGGUUGGUUGCCAGUGUUAUACCUAUUUAGGGUAUAGCCAUUGAAAUUGAUGGCAUGACUUACUCUGAUGGGUCUACUCUGAGUAGAGCUUUGACGGAUUAAACACAACCCAGUGCAGAACAGUCACAUAAUACUCAGCGCUGUUUAGGGAAAUAUUUUUUUUAAAAAAAAGAUUGAUGUUUUGAUGUUAUUUUUAAUCUCAUGUUGGAAGCUGCCCUGAGUGGCUUGGGAAACCCAGCCAGAUGGGUGGGGUAUAAGUAAUAAAUUGUUGUUUUUGUUGUUACUCUGCACUUGUAAGAAAUCAGCAUUUUAAUGUGGCAGGAUCUACACUUUGGAACUCCUUGCCUAUUGACAACUUCCACUUAUCUACUUCAUUUCUCUCACCUCUACUUUGUGGCAUUGAGUUAAAAUGAUACCCUAGAAAGCUGCCUUUAGAAAUUUGGAGUUCAUGCCCCUGUCUUUCUCCCUUAUAGGACAAUACAGCAAUGGCUGUCCCGGGUUCAGUCCCUGCUCUACUGCAAUGAGAACGGGUUCUGGGGAACCUUCCUGGAAAGUCAGAGGAGCUGUGUCUGCCAUGGAAGCACCAGCCUGUGCCAGCGACCGAUCCCGUGCAUCAUUGGAGGCAACAACAGCUGUGCCAUGUGCAGCCUGGCCAACAUAUCGCUCUGUGGCUCAUGCAACAAGGGCUACCGUCUCUCACGGGGUCGAUGUGAGCCUCAGAAUGUGGACUCAGAGCGCAGUGAGCAGUUCAUCAGCUUUGAGACGGACUUGGACUUCCAGGACCUGGAGCUGAAGUACCUCCUGCAGAAGAUGGACUCUCGCCUGUAUGUGCACACCACCUUCAUCAGCAAUGAGAUCCGCCUGGACACCUUCUUUGACCCGAGGUGGCGCAAGCGCAUGUCCCUCACCUUGAAGAGCAACAAGAACAGGAUGGACUUCAUUCACAUGGUGAUUGGGAUCUCCAUGCGCAUCUGCCAAAUGCGCAACAGCAGCCUGGAUCCCAUGUUCUUUGUCUACGUUAACCCAUUUAGUGGAAGCCAUUCUGAAGGCUGGAACAUGCCCUUUGGAGAAUUUGGCUACCCACGCUGGGAGAAAAUCCGCUUGCAAAACAGCCAGUGCUAUAACUGGACCCUGCUGCUUGGGAACAGGUGGAAAACCUUUUUUGAGACUGUCCACAUCUACCUACGCAGCCGGACUCGGCUGCCCUCCCUGAUGCGCAAUGAGACUGGCCAAGGGCCCGUGGACCUCUCUGAUCCCAACAAGCGUCAGUUCUACAUCAAGAUCUCAGACAUUCAGGUGUUUGGAUACAGCUUACGCUUCAAUGCUGACCUCUUGCGCAGUGCAGUGCAACAGGUCAACCAGUCUUACACACAAGGCGGGCAGUUCUACUCCUCCUCCUCCGUCAUGCUCUUGCUUUUGGAUAUACGGGACCGAAUCAACAGACUGGCACCUCCUGUAGCACCAGGGAAGCCCCAGCUGGAUCUGUUCUCCUGUAUGCUCAAGCACCGUCUGAAACUGACCAACAGUGAGAUCAUCCGUGUGAAUCACGCACUGGAUCUGUACAACACCGAAAUCCUCAAGCAAUCAGACCAGAUGACUGCCAAGCUCUGCUAA